AAUGUUGGGAGUUCAAAAUCCAAACAAUAAACUAGAAUUUCUAGUGAAUACUGGAGAAAGAACAUAUGAUGAUGAGUGCGUAACAACAGAAUGUCUAAGUACUUGGUGUCAUGUUCUUCUUGUAUGGAAUAAACGUGCAGAGAAUUACUUUUUGGCGAUUAAUAAUAAAAUUGCAACAAAUGGCAGUUUGUAUGCAAAUGCCAGUAUAGCCACAAGAGGUUCUGCAUUAAAAAUUGGAAAUGAUAUAAUAUCAGGAAAAUUGCUAAUAGACGAAGUAUACAUUCAGGACGAUGUAUACACUGAGUAUGACCUCGAUAUCUUAUAUGAUGAUCUAAGCAAAAAUUUUACUGAUAAAGUCUUUUGGAACUUUAAUGAAAUAAACGAAGGAAGUGUUCUAUCUGGUCUACCGAUUCUAAAGUUAAAUUCUUCAGAUAAUGUGGCUAUAACGGAUGGACGGAGACGGGGUGCUCUGAAAAUGAAGGGAGUUGAAAUUGAUUUAGGAACAUAUCCUGAUUGUUUAACUCAGAAUACUCAAAGUGGUUAUUGGUGUCCAUUUGGUUUUACGCUAGACUUUUGGCUGAGAAUUGAAAAGUUUAAGUGGUACCAAUACACAAAGCUCAUUGGUAAUGCGGACAAAACAUCUUCAAAUCAAGGGUUUGCUAUUUAUUUAAUAAGCAAUCGGAUAGAGGUCAAUAUAUAUAAGGAAACAGAUACAUUGCGAUAUACGUCUCAAACUAUAAUUGAAAAUCAUUGGUAUCAUAUUAUGCUUAUCUAUGACCCAAUUAUUUCUGGAUUUAUAAAAAGAAUUCUUUACUGGGAUACUUCAAACGUGCUUGACUUUUUAGGAACUACCUCCAGCAUUUACCAGUCUGCUAAACGGGAAGUGAAUUUUACCGAACCAUUAUUAUUAGGUUCGCGAACAAAUGAUGUUGCAUUCAGCGUGGAUGAGCUAUUCUUUCAAUCUAAAAAAAUUGAUGUCAAGAAAGCGAGAUCACGAAUAAAAUUAUUGGUUACAUGGUCGAUGGACAUACCGCAUUAUCUUGUACCGUCAAACUUUAUUAAAUUAUCUAGCGACGUUUCAAGCGUUCCAAAAAUAUGUCAUGAAUGCGGGCCAUAUAUGCUUAAAAUUUCUUAUAAUAAUUACAAAUUGCUUUCGCCAAUGUUGUUUGAUGGCGAUUAUUACUUCAAUUAUGAUCCUAUAAAGCUUCAUAAUCCUCUUUCACCUUGCUUUAAGGACCUGGAGUUGUGCGACGGAGGACUAAAUGUUAAAUUAUGGCUGUAUUUAACAGGAUCAGCUAUUGCGGGAAAAGAUGCGCACAUUUUAGAUUUUGGAGGAUACAGCGAUGGAGAAUAUGGCCAUUCUGUGCUAGUUAAAAACGGUAAACUUAUCGUUUCUGUUGCGACUACCAUAUGCUCUUACGUUGUUAGACUUGAAAUGUUAACAAAUCAAUGGUUUCACUUGCAUUACACCUAUAAAAGCGGAAGACGUGGUCUAAAAGUAUUAAUCAAUUCGGAAGUGAUGGGCGAAGCAAAAAUAUGUAAAAGUCGAGUAUUUCGAAAUCGUUUACCUGCAGUUUCUAUAGCUGUUGGUAAACGUUUCAACGACAGUACUAACUACCAAAACUUUAUGAUCUACGGUUUAAAAAUAACUGAUGUCUUCGAUGAUAAACUUUUAAUUGGUGAGAUUGUUAGUAAUUCAACUACACUUUUUGGACAAGGGCAUUGUACAUUUGAUGAAUUGGAUUCAAGUAAUUAUCUCACGGGUGAGAGGGGAAUCAGAUCUGCACAAUUUGAAAAAUCUAUGAAGGUGCAGUUUAAAGUUCAGGGGAAUGCUAAACUGGAAUUUGACUCGUUAUAUUUUAAAAAAUAUUUAAAUUACACCAGAAACUAUGCCAUUUCACACCCCUUUUUCAAGAAUUGUUUAACAAGUCCGGAACUUUGUGAGCCUAUGUUAUUCUUAUGGUCAUUUUGGUUAAAGAUAACAUCAACGUCAGGAACGCAUUUCUGGGUUGGAAGCGAAAAUCAAACUAUCUUGGAAGUUGAAAAUAGUUUUGAAAAUUUAACGAUAUCUUUAUAUGCAAAUGAACAAACGUGUUCACUUUCCAAAAAUAUUACUUUAGAUACUUGGCAAUUUCUUGAAAUACGAUACAACAUGUCUACAAAUGCAAAAACUAUACUUAGAGCUCAGUUCUUUAUCAAUAACCUUGAACUAUUUCCUAAAUGUAAUAUGAUACCUAGAGUAUGGAAUGCGUCGUUAUAUGGAUUUAUUGUGAUUGGCGGAAAGCUGGAAGAAGGAAAUGUGACAAAUACAGGAAGUGGAGGAAUUGAUGAUCUAUAUUAUAGAUUUAUAGGACAGAAGCAUUUUAAGAAAAUUGAUGUUGUUCACAAUGAAGGAUUUUAUGAAAUGAAAACAUGUUCUGAGUAUGAACAUUCGAAGUAUUUUAUGGAUUUUGAACUGCUUCGAGUAGAUGGUAAAUGGAUAUACUGUAAAUUUUCAAGAUCACCUGAAAGAGCUACUUUUAAGAGGUUUCCUUUCACGAGAGAGAAUACGUGGUACAGUUCUAGCAACUAUCAAUUUAGAAAAGAAGAUAGUAUUAUGUACGAUAAUUAUUAUAUAACUACACUGAAAAAGUUUUCGGAUACUUCACUUAUAUUUCGUCAGCGUUUUACCAUAAAAUGUUUCUCUGGGUUCACCUUAUUUGGGGAGAAUACAGGAACUACUUUUAGAUCAAUGUAUGGAGUCUAUUUUAAUCAAUUACCUGGAGCCGACACAUUAAAAACAUGUCCAUGUUACAAUGACAAAUCUUGUCUAGACUCUAAAAUCUGUAACUGUAACGGAUUGGACACUCCAACUUUUGAUGAGGGAACGCUAUCUGUUGAAUCGUACAAGUAUAGAUUAUCAGGUUCUCAAGUGCUACCAAUAAGAACAAUCAAAAUAAGCGAAUCUUCAUCAGGUAGUUACUCUUGGAAUUUAGACUCACUAGAAUGUGUAGAGUAUCUAAGAACUGGUAUUCUAUUUUCAUUUGACGAGUUGGGUGAUUCGCCUCCAAAUUUUCCAAUAGAUAAAAAUUUUGCAGCAAGUUACCAACCAUUGAAAUCUGUACCACUAAUAGACAAUCACAUAAAAGGAAUUAAAUUUAUGGAUGAUACUGGUUUAGAAUUAACAAGUCAAACAAAUUCAUUGAUAAGAUGUUUUAAUAAUCUUACCGAUUGUGCAUUAGGUGUUUCAGUAUCAUUCUGGUUUCGUCCAUCAAAAACUACAACAUUUGCUGAGAUAUUAAUGUUAAAUGACACUGAAAAUAGCUACUUUGUCAUUUAUAACAAUAACAGAAUAAUUGUGGAAAUAAGUUUUGAAAAAAGAAUAUGGAGGGUAACAAGCUUUAAGUUUAAUACACAAUACUGGCUAAAUGCUAUGUUUAGUUGGCAUCCCACUUUAGGUCUUAAUCUAUAUAUUAAUAACAUACAUGCAUCAAAUUUUGAUGGUGUCUCUCUACAAGCGGUCACUGGUUCUGUUCUAUAUCAAAGAAAUUCGCCUUGUAGUAUUAGAGCAUGCGUAUGUCUUUUGAAACAGCUAACUGGACAAUUUAUGAUUAUAGAUGAUUUGUACAUUUCUGAAAAUUACCUUUAUAGCGAAGAGGAUCGUAAAUAUAUAUAUAUGAAAGGCCUAAGUGAAAUUUAUGAAAGUCUGGAGGAUUUAGGAAGCUUAAGCGAUGAAACAGGGCGGCUCUGGGAUAUAUCAAAUUGUACAGAAGUUGAAGGAGUGAAAGGAAAAGGCAUAGAGUUGGGAAAAUUAUCUACCACUUUUACAAAUGAAUGUCCUUUAAAACUGUCAUUGUGUCCGAGCGGUUUUAGUUUGUCUUUUUGGUUUAAGUUACCUUUAAAAUAUGAACCAAUUGAUAUACUGAGCAUCGGAGACGUAUUAACGCUAAGGCUCGUUAGUCCUGGAAAUUUGUCUUUAACAAGUUCUUACUUGAAUGAUGAAAUAUAUUUUUCUUCCUCUAUUGGUAUUUGGACUCAUAUAAGCUUUAGUUUGAAUGAUCAAUCAUUAUAUAUAAACUAUAAUGGAAAAUUUCUCUCAUCCUAUACGCUUAAGAGCUAUGAAAGCCAUGGAACUAACACUACACUCAGCUUUUCAGGAAGUAAAGUUCAAAUUGAUGAGGUUUAUUUGCAUAAAUCUGUUAUUAAUAAAACUGUAUUAAGUGACUUAACAAGAUAUAAUAUGGAAAAUUUUAUGUUCAGUUUUGACGACAGUAUAGAGGAAAAGUGGAGUGGGGUAUUUUCAAAAAGAUCUGGGAUUCAAAAUGACGCCAUUGAAAUCGUAGGUUCCGUAGAAACUAAUAAUUCUUUUUCUAAAAAAUGCUUGUCAAGUCCAAACUGGUGUGAUAAAGGAUUAGUUUUAUCUUUUUGGUUGAAAAUAGAAGCGCAAUCAAUCGAUCCAAUGAUAAUUGUUCUAAAUGUUAAAACAAUGAUCUCUCUAAUUUAUAUACCACAUAACGAAUCAUUAAUUGGUACCUUUAUUACUAAAGAGAUAACUUAUAAAUUUCAAAUAAUGGUUAGAAGACUGUUUUGGAACCUUAUCACAUUAACUUACUCGAAUCCUUUCAAUGAAACCUUGAGUAUAUUUCUUAAUAGUAUCGAGCAAAACGUUUCCUUCGUCAAGUAUGCUACAGUUGAUAAUACAUAUUUGUUAUCGAAGAUUGUUCUUAGUGAUGACGGUCCUAGCCGUUUACUAUUUGAUGAAUUAUAUUUCCAUGAUGAAAGUACAUCCAAUUUUUCAGCUGAAUCCGAUUAUAAUAACGGAACUGUUCAUAGAAAUCACUUGUCCCUGGGCUUCAAGAAUAGUGGUGACAUAGGAAAAAUUAACAAUGAUCUCAUAGACAGUCAAACUUCCAAUGUUGUUUUUGUAAAUGGAGAUAUUACAUCUCAUGCAGCGGAGUUAAAAAAUGGUCAUAUUAAUAUUCGAAUGAUCAAUGAAAGUUGUUUGACGAAUUUCACAGAGUGUGUGGCUUUUACAUUGUCACUUUAUGUUAAAUUUCCCGAAAAUGGAGUUAAAAAUAUUUUUUCUUCGCCUUGGCUGAGUUUCUAUUGCGAUUCUUUCAAUGAAAGUCUACCUUUCCGUAGAUAUUGUAAAAUUGAGAUGAAAUUCUCAAACCUACUUUGGGAGCAUAUGCUAAACUUUCACCUAGACAGAUGGUUCCACUUUCAUGUCAUGUGGAGUUGGAAAUUAGGCUUGAAGGUUUAUGUUGACAAUAUCUUAAGAGGAGAAUCAUCUGGAAGUAGCGCUAACCAAACAACAGAUCAGAACAAUGUAAUAUCGAUAGGAAGUGGCAAAUCUUCUUUUCAAAUUGAUGAACUGAGUUUUUGGGAUGGACUGAUAACACCACAACAAUCGUACUUUAAUCUAAAUCAGUAUAAAGAAGGAUGUGUGUCAGAAAUAAACGAAAAUUGGACAUUAGCUGGAAAUGAAUCUGAAUUUAAGUCUUGUAGACAAUUCUGUGGGAUUGAGGAUCUUUAUAGCAUAGUUAAACCUGGUGAAAACAUAACUAAUUGUUAUUGUGUUAUCUCUGCAAAUCUGUCGGCGAAAUCUUGCGAUGAGACUAAUAAAUAUCCAAUGUAUCGGUUGGAUGGUGUAAAGCCUUUCAUAAAUCCAGAUCCGAUUUUGGCAUUUAACGUAACUAUUGCAGAUCAUUACACCAGGGAAAACUUAGAUAUAAAUCUUGUUAAUGUUAAUGAAAGUUUUAAACUGUUUCUACACAUUGACAACCAAACUUUUCCAAUGUUUAGAGUUAGCAUCGGAAAUGAAUUCAAAUUUUACACAGAAGAUAGAAUUCUGGAACACAAAUUUGAAGAAAUUGGUAUAUUUAACAUUGAAAUUAUAGCAGUGAAUGAAAAGAGUAAUUUUCCGGUAAACAUACAAGUUCAUGUCACAAAGCCAAUUUUGCAUAUAAUUGGGUUGAGAUUGGAAGCACCUAAUUCCGUAUUAAUUGGUACCGAAGCCAUAAUUAAAUACCAGGCAUUUACUGGAACUUUGGCCAAUUGCACAUUUUAUCGCAACAACUUCAAAGAAAACUUUACAUUUGCUGACAAUUUGACUAACCCUAUCGUAAACUCUAUGCUUUUCGAUAAAAAAGGAAUUUCUACUUUAAAAAUUGAAUGCCAUAACUUAAUCAGUUCCAAUACAUCUGAGAGAAAUGUAACAGUUGAAGAUCCCAUAUCCGGUUUUAACAUAUCUAAAUACUAUCUCUUCGAAAGAGAUAACAUGAAAAAAAUUUUCUGGACUCUUGAUCAUGGAUAUGAUGUUACUUUUGAGGUAUUUAACGAUACAUCUUUGGGAAAAACCAGAGAUUAUUUCUUUAUCCUUCCUGAUAACUUUACAACUAUUGGAAUACAUGACCUUACUAUCAUCGCAAAGAAUAACAUAUCAGAAUUGACUGGUAAUACGACAGUUCAAAUAGAACGUCAAAUAUCCAACUUUACAGUCUCUUUCGAAAAAUUAUGUUAUAAAACAAAUGAAACUUUCAAUACAACUUUAAAAAUUUCUGGGUCAAAUUUGGAAUAUAAUAUUCAUUUUAGUGAAGGAAAUGCUUUUAUGAAGUUAAAUGGGGAUAAUGUAAAGUAUACAGAAAUCUAUGAAACGAAAUAUAAUGAACCCGGAGUAUAUAGAUUAUACGGAAAUUCAUCAAAUAUACUUGGAAAUUUAUCAUUAUACAGUAAUUAUGUAGAAAUUGAAAAUCCAAUUCAAAUGAUAACCGUAAGCAUUCAGAAUUCAAGUUAUUAUCAGGGAGGAGUAAAUUUCAGAAUAGCUUCAAGUAAUUUGGCAUCGAACGUUAUGAUUUCUGUCAAAAUUCAAGAAAUUAACUCUUCAAAACUAUUGGAUUGUGGAGAUUAUUUCGUGAAAAAUUUUGAAAAACUAGAAAAUAAUUGUCCAACAAUAACAUCAGAUGGAUUUUAUAAAGUUGUAGCAGAAUUGAGUAACAAUGUAUCUAUUGUCAAGGAAAAUAGUACAUUCGCUAAAGUUGGAACAGAAAUAAGAAAUAUCACAAUUAUUCGUCCUCGUAAGGUGUUUUUCAAAACUGGAGAAGAAAUAACUAUUGAAAUAAUGAUCGAAGAAGGAAGUAAUAUGAACACAGAAGUCUCUCUAGGGCUGUAUACACGAAAAAUCUAUAUUGAAUCUCUAGUAAACAGUAGUCAAAUACACGAAUUCACUAUAAAGCUAGAUGCCAUAGGGAUUUUUAACAUAACUGUUAAAUCAUCAAAUGAAUUUGGAUCUGUUUCAAAAGUAUUGAAUCAAACUGUUGAGGUUCAGGAAGAAUUGAAAGGAUUUAGAGCGUUAGGAGCAUCUUAUUACAACUUAGAUAGCAUUAAACUCUUUUGUUGGAUGUUAUCAUCAGGAACUUCAGUAGUAACAAAAUUUCUCUUGGAGAGCAUUCAGUAUCUGCCUACUAAAAUAAAUAAUACCUAUUACUGUGCGAAUAUAACUAAUUUAACUAUUGGAAAUCAUAAUUUAGAACUCUGGUUAACCAACAAAGUGAGCAACGCGACGUAUUAUACAAAAACUGUAACAAUUGAAGAAGAGAUUAAGAAUUUCAAUCUAUCCAUUUCUAAAACUAUUCUUAAAAGCAACGAAACUACUACUGUUCAAAUAAGCCUUUACAAAGGAACAAAUGUCAACUUUAGUAUUGAAACUAAUGGCUCGAUUGUGAUUCCCAAUCAAUUUUUUGUCUCAAAUGGUAAAGAUUAUAUCUAUAAUUUUGGUAUCCUUGGAGAAUUCGAAGGAAUUUAUACUACAUCUGUAACAUGCUUCAAUACUCUUAGCAAUUUGACAUCGACAAUUUCUUUUCAAGUUUACCAGCCUAUUGUUGACUUGAAUCUUGAAAUUCUGGAUAUUUCAACAACAAUAAAACCUUUAAAUUUGCUUAUUAAAUUCUUAGAAACGGUAGCCGUUCCAAGUCAUUCAAAUUUUACAAUCUAUUUUGGUGAUGGGAAUCAAAGUAGUUCAUUAGCAUAUGUAAAUAAAUAUCAACGGCAGCUAUACUAUCUAUAUAAACAUGAUGGCUUCUAUACGCUAAUUGCUAAGGCGAGUAAUCCUGUGAGUGAAAUACAAAGAGAAAUACAAGUUAAAGUGGGAAUAUCAAUAUCUUCCCUAUUGUGUAGUACAAGUGAGCUUCUAUUGUCAAAUAAAAAAAUCUAUACACUAGAAUAUACAGUACAUCAUGGAACAAAUGUUAGCUUAAAUAUCUCUUUUGGUGAUGGAAGAGAGAAAGUGUUACAGAAUGUUAUAUCCAAUCAAACGCAAAGUUUUCUUUAUAACUAUACCAAAACCGGAAAAUUUCAAAUUGACAUUUUAGCCCAAAAUUUCUUUUCAUCAAAAACGUGUCAAAUAACAAACAUCGAAGUUGAAGAACCAAUACAAGAAAUUGUAUUCUCACCUGAAAAGUAUUUGGUACGAAUCAAAGAUCCAUAUGUUUUAAUGAGCUGGAGGAUUAUCAAUGGAGUUCCUAUAACUUGUUCAAUGACAGCAAAAAAAAUAAAUGAGUCCGAUAGAAGAGUUUAUUCAAAAGCACUAACUUGUCCUAAAAUUUCUAAUCAGACCAAAAUUCCUAUGCCAUUAACUAUUGAUACUUAUUUUUACAAUCUGACAGCUGAGAAUCGAAUAUCUCUCAAGACAGCUGUUGCUGAAGUUCAAGUUGUUAGAGAAAUUGGGGAUUUAUACAUCACUACAAACGAAAUUGUUUGGGAAACCGGAAAAGAAUUUAAUAUAACAGCACUGAUUAGUGAGGGUUCAAAUUAUAAAAUUGAUAUUAAGUCAGAUGUUGAAGGUUUAUUACGAUCAUUCUCUAUUCAAGGAGAUAAUCCAACAGUAAAAACUGUCUCCUUGACUUAUAAUUUUACAAAAGAAGGUUAUCGAAACAUUACAAUGACAGUUCAAAAUGAUUAUAGCACAAAACAAAUAUGGAAAAGAGUAAAGUUUGUGAGAAAAUUGCCAAAAGUUUUGUUGAAGACAGAAAAUGUAGCGUCGCACAAAGAAUAUGCAAAAUUCGUAUUCUAUUUGGAAGAUAGGAACGAAACAUUUGAAGAAGCAACACUAAUAUUUGAAACAGGUGAUGGUAAAAAGGAUAUUUUUGAAAAUGUCGGUCUUAAUCCUUUGAAAAAUUUCACUAUAACUCACAAAUACAAAAAGGAAGGAUACUAUGACAUUAAGGGAGAAGUUAGGAAUUUAGUAAGUUCUCAAAAUCAAUCUUCAAGGAUAAGAGUAGGAGAGUGUAUUGAAGAUUUUGAAUUUUAUAUAAAUGGUAGUAUAUUUUCUCCCGGACAAAGAAUAUUUUUUAAUACUAUCUGGAAAAAAGGUUCAAAUGUUACUCUCCUCUUUAAUAUGUCUACUUCGAUGGAAAAAGCAAUGAAAGCAAGGGAUAAGGAAUUUCAAAUGUCAUAUAUAUAUGAAAACCAAGGCGUCUAUAAUGUUUCUGUUAUUGGUAUAAAUUCCUUCUGCAGUGUACGAAAAUGGCUCUUGGUAACGGUGGAUCAUAGAAUAGCGGGUUUGUCGCUCCAUCUAAUCAGUAGCGCCUUUGUUGGUAAGAGCUCAAAAUUGGAAUUUGGUUAUAUUUCCUUAGGUUUAUAUCCUUGUUUGUUAUGGGAUUUUGGUGAUUCGAGUAAGCGGUAUCUAUACGGAGAAAAGUCAUGUAAGAAGGGUUAUAAAGAUAUCAUUCUAAAGAAUUUCCAAAUAGACAGAAGGAAAUUACAACAUCAUCACGUUUGGCAAAAAGCGGGAACUUUUAUGGUUUCUGUUUAUGUGUUUAACUCCAAUUCGAAAGAAAUAGUUCGCUUGAAAGUGGAUGUUUUAAAGUGCAAUAAACCAACUAUUGAUUUGGGAUCACUUGGAGAAUCUGAGAAAAGUCCCAUACUAAUUUAUCGCUCAGAGGCCAGACUGUUUCAAGCGGAUUAUGAAAAUAAAUGUGUGACUUCCCGGCCUGUUAAUUUUAUAUGGUCUAUAACGGAUGAAAGACGAUUUCCUGUUAAUAUAGCUCAGAAUAACAAACUUUGGUUUAGAUUGCCUUCAAACUUAUUAGCUUAUGGAUCGUACACUUUAAACUUUACAGUUUUUAUCAGAGAAUUCAACUUAAAGGCAACAGAACUAAGAUAUUUAAAGAUAUUGCGUACCCCUUUGGAAGUAAAUAUAAAAGGUGGUUCAACUCGAUCAGCCCGUUCAAAUGACGAUAUUAUUAUUGACGCGUCGGAUACAUUGGAUGAAGAUGGGAAAUUCAUUGAUGAAUUUAUAUUUAGUAUAAAAAAACAUGCAUCUUCAAGGUGGACGGUUAUUCUUAGGCAGAAAAAUGCGGAACGAGCUAGACGGGAGGUCUGUGGUUUCGGUUGCCUUAUAAUUAAGACGCCAGCUGCAGGGCAACAUUUUGUAAAAGUUGAAGCAAGGCAGGGGAACAAAAUUGCUUCGAGCAUUCAAAAAUUAAUAGUCACCAAUUCUACGUUUUUUCAUCCCAACAUAAAUAUUAAAUGUGUGCUUAAUUGUGGACGAAAGGUUAAUCCAUCAAAGAAAUUUACUUUGAUAGGUGAAUGCGAAAAUUGCCCUAAAACUACCGUCUGGACUUAUUCAUGGUCAAUUGAUAUGCUGUUAGAAAAUAGUGUUCAAGCUGUCAACGUUGAUAAGUAUAUAAAGUCAGGUUCCAAUAAAGAGUUCUUCUCUAUUGAAAGGGGAGUAUUACAGCCAGGUAAUACUUACAGGAUAAGAGCUAUAUGGCAGUCUUCAAAUUCUUACGGUUUCUCAGAAAAGCUUAUAACGACCAAUUAUCCUCCAUAUAAUGGAAAUUGUCAAAUAGAGCCUGUUCAAGGAGUAUCGCUCGUUACCCGAUUUCAAAUAUCUUGCGCCGAGUGGUCUGAUGAGGAUCUGCAGCUAAAGAGGAGUUCGUCCGAUGACAUCUACUUUACUCGUCCUCUCGAAUACAAUUUUUAUUAUAAGAAUAAAAACGACUGGAAUUUAUUGCACUCUUCAACUAGUUCACAAUCACCUUUAAUGUUCCUGCCUUUCAAUCCAAAUCUAUCGAUUAAAGUUGAGAUCAGUGACUUCAUUGGCGAAGUGGAAAUUGUAUAUUUAACAGCUCAUGUACAACCUUUUACGGCUGGCUUGGAUGAUAUUAUGCACAUUCUUAAAGAUCCUAAUGGUGAAAUGAAAAAACUAAUGGACAAUCAAAACUAUAGAGGAGCUUUGAGAUUAGAAUCAGCGAUAUCAGCUCAUUUAAAUAGUAAUCCGUCAUGUUCGGCAUCAAAAAAAUUGACUGAUGAAGAAAAUCAAGACUUACUAUCAGAGUUAAUUAACACUUUUUCAAGUAUUAAUCCUUUCUUGGAAAAUGAAGCUGAUUUACUGCAAGGAAUUAAUACUCUAUCUAAUAUUUUGGCAGCAGAUCGCAAAUUCUAUUCGGAAGAUGCUAAAAGAGAAGGCGCUGCAAACCUGUACACUUUGGCGAAUAAGGUGUACCAGUUUAAGAAUUUAUAUCCACAUUUGUCCUAUUCCAUGUCCAAGGGUCUAAUGAAUAGUUUGUCGAAUUCUAUAAAUAUGAGUUUGCCCACUCCUCUAUUAUCAAGAGCAAUGCCAGAUCUUCCUCCUGCAGAACAACAACAGUACUUGGAAAAUAUCACAAAGAAGCAGGAAAUGAUUGAUAAAAGAGAAAAACUAACAGCAAAUAAGGUAGUAACCACUGCUCAGAGAGUCAGUGAUGUUAUAACUUGGAAACUGUUGAAGCAUCAUGUAGCUGAUGAAAGUCCAAUAGUUAUGGGAGAUAGGAAUUGGAAGCUAAAAAUUCAAAAGCUUAAAAGAUCAAGUCUUUUUACAUUACCGUUCCAAAGUGGGAAUGAUAAGAAUAGAGUAGUAUUUCCUUCAAUUUCUUCUGGUUUGUUAAAGGGAUAUGAUGAUAAUUCAAUUAAUUUGCAAACUAUAGCAAGCGAUAAAAACAGCAUUAUCUGGGGAAGUCAGCCAAAGGAUUUGAUCAAUUCUCAUACUUUAUCGAUUAAAUUAUUUGAUAAAUAUGACAGAGAAAUCAUUGUCAAAGAUCUGACCGAAAAUAUUACAAUUGAGCUAAACUACGAGAAACAAAAGGUUAAGCCCUUAAAAGUUGAAAUUGAUGAUUUAAAUCUAAGGAAAUCUUCAAUUAUUAUUCAUAAUAUAACUUUCGAUUGGCCAACUCAAGCCAUACUACUAAAGAUAAAAUUGAAAGAGAGGCAAAAAUUAAAAAUCUACUCAAAUAUAAAUGAAGAGCCUAAAGGAAAUAAGUUUUCUUCAUCCUAUCCUAUUUCUUCUAAGACGAAUUACGUUGAAAGAAUAAUACCUGUUACAGGUAAUAAUGGAACGGCCUAUAUUGGAUUGAAAUUAGAACAAUCAAAAGCGGAUUACUCUAUUACCAUAGAAAAAUUAUCUUGUCUCUAUUAUCAUGAACUCAAUGAAAUGUGGCAGUACGAUAAUUGCUCUGUUGCUAAAGAAUAUAUAACAAAUUCAGUUGUCUGUAAAUGCAAUCAUUUAACAUCUUUUGGAUCAAAUAUACUUGUUGCACCAAAUCCUAUUGACUUUGGUUCAGCAUUUGGCAAAUUUAAACGAAUUGGAGAUAACUUUGCAGUGCUAGUUAUGAUUAUCUGUAUUAUAGUGCUGUUUUGGUGUUCCUUAUUUGUAUUAAGAAGAGCUGACGUACGAGAUGAAGAAACGUGGAAAAUGAGGAGUCUGCUGGAUAAUUCUGCUAUUGAUCGUCACCAUUAUGCUCUCAUCGUAAGAACAGGCUAUGAGAGGAGCUCGGGAACCGAUAGUGAAAUUAAGUUUGUCGUUCUCGGUGAAGAGUCGUCGUCCAGUAUAAGGACUCUUUAUGACGGACAUAGAGAGGAACUGAAACGUUCUAGUAUAUGUCAUUUUCAUAUGACGACGAAAGAUCGUUUGGGUAUUCCUUCAAGUUUAAGAAUUUGGAUUAAUCCUACACCGAAAACAAAAUCUCCAUCAUGGUUUCUGGAGGAAGUCGUUCUUGUUGAUAUUUCUACCAUGGAAAAGCACCAUUUCUAUAUUCACUCGUGGUUAUCAAAGUCAUCACCUUGUGUUCAUGUCCAAAAAUCGAAUAAUGAAGAAAUAACGGCAUUUAAACGAUUAUGGCCCAUGUGGUUGAGAAAUAAAUUUACUGAUGAUCAUUUAUGGUUUAGUAUUGUGUCACGACCUACUCGAAGCUAUUUUACUAGAGUUCAAAGAGCUGCUUGUUGUUUAUCAAUGAUUGCUACAUCUAUGAUCGCAUCUGCAAUGUUCUAUCAAAGAAGAAAUGAGGAAACAGAUCUCACAUACAAACUAGGACCUUUGAUAUUUUCAUUACAACAAUUAUGGAUUGGUACAAUAUCGGCAAUUAUAGUUAUUCCAGUUAAUUUUAUAAUUAUGACUUUGUUUAAGAAAACAAGAAAAGACAGUGAAACAAAGUUAAAAUCUUUCUCACUUCCACCAUUUUUCAUAUACAUUGCAUGGAUUAUAGUAAUAAUAACAGUAUUUUCGUCGUUCUUCUUUGUUCUAUUAUAUUCCUUGGAAUGGGGAAAGACGAAAUCAGAGCAAUGGCUCACAUCAAUGCUUAUCAGCUUCACUCAAUCAGUAAUAGUUAUCCAACCUUUUAAGGUUAUUGUGAUAGCUCUUAUUCUAUCAAUCUUAUUUAAAAAGUCUGACUUUGAUAAUGAUGAUGAAGAAUUUUUAAAUCACGUUGAAGUUAUUGACAAGGCUACUGAAAUAUGUCAAUACUACUUAAGAAUUAGAGCUGAAAGUACACCUGAGAGUAUUCCAAAAACUAACUUUGACGAAAUUAGACGAGAACAGAAAGAGAGGGAAAAAGAUAAACAUACAGAAGAGAUAUUAUAUAAGAUAAUUAUUACUUGCAUUUAUGUGACAUUACUAAUGGUAAUUGGUUAUAAACAAGUUCCCUUGAAGAGCUAUCAUGCUGCUCAAACUAUUCGAAAUGGCUUUAUAAAUCAUCUUGAUAAUGUUACUGAAUUACAUGACUUAUACAACUGGACAGCAACUUAUUUUAACCCAUCAAUGUUUGAUACGGAAUAUUACAAUGGCGAAAAACUUCAUUGGAAGGAACAAAAGAUUAGAGCAUUCGAACAAAGUUGGAUUAGAGUUGGUUCAAUUCGUUGGCGACAAAUUAGAGUUGUCUCACAGUCUUGUAAACAACUACAAGAUGUUAUUAAAGACUGUUCCUAUGAUCUUUCCUCCAAUAAUAUCGAUAAGAAAAAUUAUAACAAAUCAUUCUCAAGUCACAGCCCUGAUACUGUUAAAAACGAAUGGUCCUACCAGAAUCCGUCAUCUUAUCCUAUUGUUGCACAACGACAUAUAUAUCCGACUGGGGGCUAUAUAUUUGAACAUUCAACACCGAUUCUACCGCCUAAAGACUGGUUAGAUGCCAAAACGAGAGCUAUUAUAAUAGAAUCAACUCUAUUUAAUGCUGAUUCCAAUUUAUUUAUCAGUUUAACAAUUGUUGUUGAACAGGGAAUGGACGUUGCAAUUACGAAAUGGAAUCGAAUUGCAGUGAUAGAUUUAUAUCCGUAUCAUUCAAACUACGGAAUUACUGUUUUGGUUUGUCAGAUCUUAUUUAUAUUUUUCGUUUUCUAUGAAUCUUACAAGGCAAUUAAACUGCUUCGAAAAGAACGACUAUCAUAUUUCAAGAGUUUAUGGAACAAAGUUUCAUUUGCCAAUUUGAUAUUGGCAAUCUCAGCAAUAGGACUAUUUCUCGCUAAAAUGGCUUUAAGAAAUAGCGUUAAAAAUGGUCUAAAGAAUGAAUUUGUGGAAAUGCAACAUCUGGUAGUUAUUGAUGAGUCUUAUACUUAUAUGAUAGCCUUCAUCACCGGAAUAUCUUGCUUGAAAAUGUUAUAUGUCCUUCAAUACGAUAGAACAAUUAUACUUCUUCUAAGAACAGUUGGAAUGGCGUCCCAAUCUCUGAAGUCCUUAUUUUUCAUUUUUAUGGUUAGCCUGAUGGCUCAUGCUCAUUUUGGCUACCUUUUCUAUAUUACACACCUCUCUUCUUUUUCAACAAUUCUUUCGUCUAUGUACACAAUAUGUAUUGCUGCUUUAAAUUCUCCAAUAAUGAGAAAAAUGGAUAGAGAUCGGGCCCCUCUUCGACAUGUAUUUUAUGUUAGCUUCGUUUUGUUCAUAGUUGUAUUCUGCUUGAAUACUCUGAUGAGCAUUCUAAAUGAAGCCAGAGGUAGAGCAAAGAAAACUAAUCCAAAGAAAAACCUUUUCCUAGUGGAAUAUUUAGAUAAGAAAAUUAAAGCUCACUGGCUUGAUUUCAAGGAUUACUUUGGAUUAUCAGAAAGGAAAAGAAGGCUAGCCUGCACAAUGGUAAUACUUUUGGCUAGUUCAUAUACAAAUUAUACUACAUCUUCAACUGGAUCAACUUUAAAAAUAGCAGAAACGUUGGUCACAGGUUCUAUUAGAAUUGAUGAAAUCUAUAUUCAAGAUAAUGUUUACAAUCCAAUAAACCUUGAUGUGUUUUAUGGUGAAAUAAGCUUCAAUUUAACCAAUAAGAUAUUUUGGAGUUUCAACGAAAUCAAUGAAGGAAAUAUUCUCUCUGGCUUACCGCCUUUAAAGUUAGCCUCUUUAAAUGGCUUAACCUUAGUUGAUGGACUGAAACAAUCAGGACUGCAUAUUAGUGGUACUACACUUAAUUUAGGGACAUAUUCCGAAUGCCUUUCUCAAGAUACGACUACUGGUGAUUGGUGUCCAAACGGUUUUACAAUAGAAUUUUGGUUAAAGAUUAACUCAAAAUUUGAUAAAUUCGGUAAAAUAAUAGGAAAUGCAGAUUUUGAUUCUUCAAAUGAAGGUUUCGCAAUAUACGCUUAUUAUGAUGAAACAGAUAAUUUUAUUACAAUAAGGGUAUAUAUAUUCAAAUCAACUGGUUCUGCAUAUUAUGAAAGUUUGGCUAUAAAGCUGAAUAAAUGGUAUUAUGUUUUAUUAAUAUAUGAUCCAUUCAUUGCCGGAUAUGUUAAAAAAUUGAAUUCAGGGGAGACAGAAAUAAGUUCACGAGAUUUUGACUUUCUUGGCUCUUCAAGCAAACCAUAUAAAGAAGAUAAGAUUAGAAAAGCUGAAUUUAAUAAUCCACUUAUCCUAGGAGAUGGUUCAAGUAGUAUACAGUUUACUGUAGAUGAACUUUAUUUUCAAUCAAAAAAAAUUGAUGUGACAAAUGCUUUAGAUAAGAUAGUCGUAUUAAGAAAAUGGGAAAUGAAAGAUUACGAAAGCGAUUUUAAAACUUCUGACGGAUUCCCUACUUCUCCAGAUACAUCUCCAGCUGAUCCUAAUAAUAAAAAUUAUAUUAUCGAUUUUGGUGGCAAUGCUGAUGAUAAAUAUGGACAUUCAGUUUAUAUUGAAAAUGGACAAUUGGUAGUUUCUGUUACAACAUUUUCUUGUAUAUUCAAAGUUCAACAUGAACUUUUACUGAAUCAAUGGUUCAAUUUACUCUAUACAUUUGAAUUUGGGAAAAAGGGAUUAAGAGUCUUUAUAAACUCUCAACUGAUAGAUACUGCAAAUACCUGUGUUGGUCGUUUGCUUAAAAGUCGUACUCGAUCUUUUAAUAAUUAUGUUGGAACUAAUUUUACAAGCUUGAAUAAUUUUCAAAAUUUUAUGAUAUCUGAUUUCAUUCUAUCUGAUAGAGCUGAUGAGAACGAAACUCAGGGCAUUCUUACACUCACAAAUUCUCCCACACACGGUGUUGGAUCGAGCAGUUUUGAUAGUUUUGACUCUCAGAAUUAUACUAUUGGAGAAAGGGGUGAUAGAUCUAAUAAAGUCAAUGAAAUGUUUAAAAUUCGUUUCAAACUUUAUGAAAGUGCUACUUUGCAAUAUGAAUCUUUAUAUUUCAAAAACUAUGUUAACUACAGCUCGGGCUAUGCUAAAUCUCAGCUUUUCUUAGCAAGUUGUUUAACCAGUCCUGAACAUUGUCCUCCAACUGCCUUUUCCUGGUCGUUCUGGUUAAAAAUAGCAUCAUCUUCAGGCAUUCAUUUCUGGGUUGGGAAUGCAAAUCAAACUGUUUUCCAGAUAUCAAAUAAUAUCGACGGUGUACAUUUCACGGGAUAUUCGAGUAAUAAAACAUGUGUAGCUGUCAUAAAUGUAGAUCUUUAUUCGUGGAAAUUUUAUGAGAUAAGAUAUAAUAUAACUAAUCGAGGAGAAAUAAUAAGUCAUAUUGAAAUUUACAUAAAUAACAUCAGAUACUUGGCAAAUUGUAGUGAUGAUCAAAGAGAUUGGGUUGCCAGUACUGAAGGGUUUGUGAUAUUAGGUGGUAAAUUAAUAAAUAAUCAAAUUAUAUAUAAUGGAAAUGGAGGUAUUGAUGACUUAUAUUAUUCCUAUGCCAGUAUUGACAUAGAAGAAUUUUUAGAUAAAAUUUCUCUUCAUAAUUUCUACAAUAUGAAAUCUUGUUCUGAAUAUGAAUAUGCAAAAUAUUUUGAUGAAUCUAAUAUGCAAAAAGUCAAUGGAACUGAUUUUUAUUGCAAAUUUUCCAGUUCCUACGAUGUUGCAACAAAAAAGAAAUUUCCACUUGCACAAGAAAAUAAAUGGUUCACUGACUCGUCCCAGACAUUCUCUUAUUCUUUUCCUGAUGAUGGUCCAAAUCUUGGUUUGCCGGCAGCUUCUGUCGCCGCUUACAGCUCGGAAUUUUGUCAACAACAACUUUCAUUUCAUUGUAACAGCAGUAUAAAACUUUACGAUGACUUACAAAUCGAAAUGUCAUCUCUUAAAGGCGAUACGUUUACCAAAUUUCCUGGAGCAAAGGCACCGUCUACCUGUCCUUGUUAUAAUGAUAAGUCCUGUGCUAAUGAAACUGUGUGUAAUUGUAAUGGAAUAAUGACCAAUGUUAACGAUGAAGGUUAUGAAAAACUAUCAGCAGCAGAUAUUUUAUCAAAUCCUGAGAUUUCUCUACCGUUUGAAAAAGUUGAAUUUACAUCUAGUAUAUCAAGUGCAUUUCGUUGGAAAGUAGGAACGUUUGAAUGUUUAGAAUACAAAAAAACUGGAAUUUUAUUUUCAUUUGACCAAUUCGAUCAGUCGAUAUUUCCAAUUGAUAAUAAUUUUAGAGGAUUAAAAGAUGCACAAACGUUAGCAAUACAAGAUAACCAUAUGAAAGCUAUACGAUUUUAUGGUACGUCUGGUCUUCAAAUAUGGAGUUUAUUUCAUUCAAAAAAUAGAUGCUAUGGUAAUCUUAUGGAGUGUCCCUUUGGCCUCUCAAUGUCUUUCUGGUUUCGUCCAUCGUCAAAUACAACCUUUGCUGUCUUGGCAAUGGUUAAUAGUACAGAUAGUGGCUUUUACGUAGUAUACCAUGAUGAUCAAAUAGAAGUUGAAGUCUUCAAAAAAAAUGAAGUGUGGAGGGCAACUAGUUUUAAAUUCGCAGUUACUCAAUGGAUGAAUGUGAUAUUUGCUUGGCAGAGUUACAAAGGGAUUGACCUUUACAUUAAUAGUGUAGACGCCACAAAAGAUGGAGGAGAGAAAACCAAAUCGACCGAUGGUGUAGUGAAAUUUUGGAGAUCAGUAUCUUGUAAUACUGAAAAUUGCUUGGUGAUUGGUUUAGAUAGCAACGGGCUCUUCGUGGGUAUGGAUGACUUAUAUGUAUCAGAAAAUUAUUUUUACUCUAAUGAAGAAAGAAAUGCUUUGUAUCGGCUUGGAUUAGGGGGAGUGUAUGAAAGUUUGAAUGAAGUAGCAAUACUCACUGAUGAUAUUGGUCUGCUUUGGAAUGUCACAGAUAUUCAAGAAAUUGAUGGAGCAAUAGAUAAGGGAAUACAAUUGGGAAGAUUAUCAUUUCAUAUGAUCAAUGGAUGUCCCCUUACUUUAACACUCUGUCAGGAUGGAUUUAGUAUUGCUUUCUGGUAUAAGUUACCAGUCAAUUUUCAAGGUUCAGAAAUAUUUAAUUUUGGUCACGUCUUUAGUAUGAAUUACAAUGGUUCAGGAGUUGUUUUAGUAAAUAGUACUUUCCUGGAUGAAUCAGUUAUCUUUUCAACUUCAGUAGGUGUUUGGACUCAUAUUUGUUUUACAUUGACGAACAAUACGUUUAAUAUGACCUAUAACGGGAAACCUUACUCUUCGUUUAAUACAUCAGUUAUUAAUCAAAAUGAAAGAAAUGAAAAUAUUGAUUGGGUCUUUACUGGUCAAAAUGUACAGCUUGAUGAACUAAAUUUUGAUAUAAGGCCUAUUACUAGAGCAUAUAUUCAAAACGUCAGUAAUGCUGUAUCAAGAGAAUAUGACUUCUCAUUUGAUAUGAAUCAUUUUGAAGAACCGUGGAAUGGUGAUUAUUUCAAGAAGCCUGGAAUAAAAAAACAAUCUAUUUUAGUUCAAGGUAGCACAUUUAGUAAUUAUUCAUUUUCAAAAGAAUGCAUUGCUAACAAUGAUUGGUGUGCAAAUAGUUUAACAUUUUCAUUCUGGCUAAGAAUAUUAGCACGUAAAUCUGAUCCUUUAAUUUAUGUUUUUAAUCUGCAAACUUCCCUAUCGUUGAACUACUUACCAUCAGACGAAACGUUAAUUGGGCAAUAUUUCACAUCCACCGGAAACUUUAACUUUAAAAUUCCUAUGCGAAGGCUCUUCUGGAAUAUGUUUACUUUAACGAUAGAACCGCAUAAUUACUUGCGAGUCUUUUUGAAUGGCGAGCAGCAAAUUUUUACUCCAAAUGUGACUCAUCAGCCAAUCAAUCGUUACCUCUCCUCAAAAAUUGAGCUAGGAGAUACCGGUCCAAGUUCUAUUCAGAUUGAUGAGUUCAUUUUUAGGGAUAAAUUAACGCGACCACUAGAUAUUUUUUACUUGUACGAGAAUGCCACUAUCCCAACAAGAAAUCUCUCGCUUGGCUUUAAAAAUAUUAACGACAUUGGAGAACUUAAUGGUAACCUUGUAGACAGUCAAGCUGUUAACGUUUUCUUUGUGAAUGGUAGUAUUACACCUAAUGCAGCGGAGUUAAAAAAUGGUCAUAUUAAUAUUAGUAUCCCCGAUGAAAACUGCUUCACUGAUCUCACAGAGUGUUUGGCUUUUACGUUGUCACUUUAUAUUAAAUUUCCAGAUGAUCAAUCGAAAAAUAUUUUUUCUUCGCCUUGGCUGAGUUUCUAUUGCGAUUCUUUCAAUGAAAGUCUACCUUUCCGUAGAUAUUGUAAAAUUGAGAUGAAUCUUCCUGAUAGACAAUGGGAACAUAUACUAAACUUUCAUACAAAUAGAUGGUUUCAUUUUCAAGUAAUGUGGAGUUGGAAAUUAGGUUUGAAAGUAUACGUUGACAAUAUUCUAAGAGCACAUUCAUCUGGAAACAGCACCAAUCAAACAAUGAUUCAGAAUAAUUUAAUAUCAAUUGGAAAUAAUGAAUCAUCUUUUUUAAUUGAUGAACUGGGAUUCUGGAAUGGUUUAGUUUUACCAGAGGAAUCACAUUUUGAUUCGGCAAAAUAUAAACUUCAAUGCAUUACACAAAUCACUGAUAUUUGGGAUGCAAAGGGCUCUGCUGUGGAUCCUUUGGAAUGCCGAAGUCACUGUGAUGUAAUUUAUACUUUUAGUGCUAUUUCAAGCAAGACUGGUAUAAACUAUUGUUACUGCACAGAAGCAAUUGCUGUUACUACUGAGCCCUGCUCACCAACAGCAGACAUAGAAAUCUAUAUGUUGGAUGCAACAAUUCCAAUUGUUAACCCAGAGCCCAUUCUUAGUUUUAAUGUGACUGUUUUAGAUCACUACUCAGAAAUGAAUCUCAGCAGCACUUUUAUAAAUGUUAAUGAAACCUUUGAAAUGUUGCUAUUUACAUCAGAAAAGACUUUUCCUGUAUUCCUAGUUGAUUUAAAAACAAAACCCGUUUAUUUCACGGAAAAUAUUACAAUACGUCAUAAAUUUGAAAAAGUUGGAAUUUAUGAUAUGAACAUUAUAGCAAGGAAUGAGAAAACCAACUAUCCCUUGAAUGUUACGGUACAGGUAAUACAGCCGGUCAUAGCAAUAAAAGGGCUAAAACUGAUAGCUCCUAGUGUUGUUUUAAAAGAUAAACCAGUCAAUAUCUCUUAUAGAGCUUCAUCAGGAGCUCCUGGAAAUUGCACACUUUAUAGAAAUAAUGAAAUUGAAGAUAACAGGACAGUUGCUAAUUUAACUGAAAUGGUUACUUUUUCAGUAUCAUUUAACGAAAAAGUUACAGUAGAGUUACGGGUAGAAUGUAAUAAUUUUAUCAGUUCUCAAGAGUUAAGCAGGAAUGUAACUGUUCAAGAUCCUAUUAUGGGUUUGAAUAUAUCCAAAUUUUAUCUUUUCGAAAGAGAUAACUUAAAAAAUAUUUCAUGGACUCUUGAUCAUGGAUAUGAUGUUACUUUUGAGGUAUUUAACGAUACAUCUCUGGGAAAAACCAGAGAUUAUUUCUUUAUCCUUCCUGAUAACUUUACAACUAUUGGAAUACAUGACCUUACUAUCACUGCAAAGAAUAACAUAUCAGAAUUGACUGGUAAUACGACAGUUCAAAUUGAACGUCAAGUAUCAAAUCUUUCAAUCUCUUUUGAAAAGUUAUUUUAUAAAACAAACGAAACUUUCAACACAACUUUGGAAAUUUCUGGAUCAAAUUUGGAAUAUAGCAUUUAUCUUAAUGAAGGAACUGCUACAAAAAAUUUGACAGGAGAUCAUAUAAACUAUAGGGAAAACUAUGAGAUAAGUUACAGUAAACCUGGAAUAUACAGGUUAUACGGAAAUGCAUCUAAUAUAGUUGGAAAUAUAUCAUCAUACAGCAAUUUAAUUGAUAUUGAAAAUCCCAUUAAUGACUUAGAUAUUGUAGUACAAAAUCUAAGCUACUAUCAAAAGGGUGUCAAUUGUAGUGUUGUUUCAAGCAACUUGGCGACUAACGUUUAUGUUAAUUUAUCAAUUAUUGACAUUGAUUCAUCAGAAGAGAAGCCAUUUUUUGAACUUUUCACAGAACAAUUCGAAAAUUUUCAACAGAAUUAUUCAUAUCUUGAAAAGGAAGGAUUUUACCAAAUCAGAGCUGUAAUUCACAACAAUGUAUCUAAUUUGACGAGAGAGAGUAUGGUUUUUAGAGCAGGUACACCUUUAAAAAAUCCUGUUUUACAUGAUGUUAGUCCUUUAUUCUUAACAACCGCUGAUACUUUUGAGGUUAAAAUUGGAAUAGAAGAAGGAAGCAAUGCUGUAAUUAAAAUUAACUAUGGACCUAUGACAGACGAACAUUUCAUUGAACCAUUAGUUAAUAAAACUAUAAUUUACGAAUAUAAUGUAAAGCCUACAUUCGGAGGAAUUUUUAACGUUUCUGUUAAUAUUUCUAACUCAUUUGGUUGGGAAAUACUUGAAUUUGAUAAGAGUAUUGAAAUACAAGAUAGUAUAUCUGGCUUAAAAGGUAUAGGACCAUAUUUCUUUGACGUAGAGGAAGAGAAAAUAUUCUGGUGGACAUUAGCAACAGGAAAUCCAGUUAAUACCACCAUGUUAUUGGAUGAUAAAUCAUUUAAAGAAAUAAGAUUGAACUAUACCACUUUUUAUGCAAAUAUUACGAGAAUCGGCAUAGGAAAUCAUUCUCUAAAAAUUUGGGCAACAAAUGGAGUUAGUACAACGUCUUUUUAUUCUACAAAUAUAGCAGUAGAAAAGAGAAUCAUCGGUUUUCAAUUAAGCAUCGAAAAAACUAUUUUAAGAUCUAAUGAAGAAACACUUGUUACAAUUAAAGUUAAAGAAGGAACUAGCGUAAAUAUUAUCAUAAAUACCGAUGUUAAUAUUUCCUCUUCAACAUCUUACAGAAUAGGUGUUAUUGACGAUUACAUUAACACAAUUUCAGUCCUAAGCUCUAAAGAAGGAUCAUUCAAUGUAACUGUGAAUUGUUACAACGGAUUAAGUAACAUUACAAAAACAGUAACUUUUAAUGUUUUCCAUCCAAUUGUCGAUAUGAAAUUAGAAAUUCAGAGUAUUACCACAACAACUACGCCUUUGAAAUUAUUGACUACUUUCCUCCAAACUGCUGAUGCUCCAACAAAUCCUUCAUUCCUAGUUACUUUUGGAGAUAACAACCAAACAACUUCGCUAAAUUUUAUCGACAAAUAUAAGCGACAAGUUCAAUAUCUUUACCAGUAUGAUGGAUAUUAUGAUUUACUUGUCACUGCCACCAAUCCAGUUAGUAUACUAGACAGGAUUAUAACAGUCAAAGUUGGCUUGAAUAUCUCAUCAGUAACGUGUAGCAUGGCUAAUCAUAUACUUUCGAACAAACUAGAAUAUAAAUUUCAGUAUAGAAUACAUGGAGGUACGAAUGUAACAUUUCAAAUAAACUAUAAUAAUGGAGUAAAACUCAAGUAUCAUAACGUAAAGAUUUAUAAUGAAUAUUCUCAAGAUUUUAAUUACAGUAGAACUGGGAAAUAUGAAAUUGAUCUAUUGGCAACGAAUUUCUUUUCAACGAAGGUCUGCCAGUUAAAAAAUAUUGAAGUAGAAGAACCCAUUACGAGCUUACAAUUAACCAAAGAUAAAUUCAACGUCCGAAUUAAAGAUGCAUAUGUUCCAAUCAGUUGGAACAUUGUCGAUGGUGAUCCGAUAUCUUGUUUGAUAUUAGAUAAAAAAGCUGAUGAGGCAGACAGAACCGUAUAUGAUAAUAGAAUUACUUGCCCGAAAGUUACAAAAAACCUUCAUAUCCCAAUUCCAAUAACUAUUGGUACUCAUUUUUAUCACCUGACUGCUGAAAAUCAAUUGUCCUCGAAAGCUGCUGUUGCUGAAGUUGAGGUAGUAAGAGAGAUAGGUGAUAUCUAUAUAGAUGUAAAGGCAACAGAAUGGGAAACUGGAAAGGCAUUUAACAUAUCAGGAGUGAUUAGUGAAGGUUCCAAUUAUAGAAUUGAUAUAAAAUCAAACGUUGAAGGUUUAUUGCGAGCCUUCUUUAUGAAUGGAGAUAAUCCAACAGUAAAAACUGUUUCCUUGACCUAUAAUUUUACAAAAGAAGGUUAUCGAAACAUAACAAUGGCAGUAAAGAACGAUUAUAGCACAAAAAAAAUAUGGAAAAGAGUAAGAUUUGUGAGAAGAUUACCAAAAGUCUUAUUGGAGGCAAAGAAUAUUGCAUCUUUCUAUGAGGAUGCAAAAUUCGUAUUCUAUCUGGAGGAUAAGAAAGAAAAUUUCAAAGAAGCGACUCUAACACUGGAAACAGGUGAUGGAGAAACAUUUACUUUUGAAAAUGUUAGUCUAAACAACUUGAAAAAUUUCACUGUAACUCAUAAAUACAAAAAUGAAAGAUAUUACGAUGUAAAAGGAGAAGUAAAGAAUAUAAUAAGCGCUCAAAGUCAAACUUCAAGUAUUAGAGUAGGAGAAUGCAUUGACGAUUUUGAGUUUAAUGUGAAUGGUAAUACUUUUGAGCCACUAUCUGAAAUUUUGUUUAAAACUUCUUGGAAAAAGGGUUCAAAUGUUUCUCUCAUUAUUUCCACUGGAAAAAAUAAAGUAACACCCGAGUCACUUGUAAAGAAAAGCUUUGAAUUUUCCCAUUUUUAUAAAGAGCAAGGGAUUUUCAAUGUAACUGCCAGUGCUCAAAAUACAUUUUGUACGAAAACUAAAUGGCAAAUAUUAAGAAUUGAAUACGGUGUAACUGGAACCGCUUUAAAGCUUAUAGACUAUGCAGUAGUGAAUGAAGUCACAAAGUUAGAGUUUAGUUAUUCCACCUUGGGAUUAGAUCCAUGUCUUUUAUGGAAUUUUGGAGACUCAACAACUCAAUAUAUGUAUGGAAGUGAAAAUUGUACAAUAAAUUAUAAAGAUGUUACUUUGGUAAGUUUUCGGGGAGGUAGAAAUAAACUCCAGCAUCUACACACUUGGACACAACCUGGAAUUUAUGAUAUUUCUGUAUAUGCAUUUAAUUCAAAUUCACGUUCAACAAAGUUCUUGAAAAUAAAUGUGUUAAGAUGUAAGAGACCUAUAAUAACGCUUAGUGAAUUUGGAAUGAUAAAAACUGAACCAUUAUACAUAUACAAAUCAGAGACGGUCUAUUUUCAGGCUGAGUUUGAGAAUAAAUGCGAAAAUAGUUAUCCUAUAAGUAUGAUAUGGAGUGUGUUUGAUAAAGUUGAGGCAAAAUUGAACAUUAAACCGAAUAAUAAGCCUUGGUUUAGUAUUCCUAAAAGAGCAUUAGAUUAUGGUUUACAUACAGUAAAUUUUACCGCUACCAUUAUCGAAUAUCAGAUGACUAUUACCGAACUGAGAUACAUUGAGAUUCUAAAAACUCCAUUAGAGUUAAAUAUUAAAGGAGGAAAUGCUAGAUCUGUAAAAUUUAAUGAGAAACUAAAAAUAGAUGCUUCGAACUCUGAAGAUGAAGAUGGAGGUCAAAUUGAUGAAUUUAUAUUUAGUACGAAAGGUUCAAAAAGUACCGAAUGGAAAAUUCUAUUUCGACAUAAAAAUCCAAUAAGAAGAAAACGUUCUACUUGUGGUUUUGGAUGCUAUGAAAUGAAAGUAACUGAAACAGGGUCAUUCUCUGUAAAAGUUGAAGCUGUUCAAGGAGACUCAAUCAUCACUAAAUUACAACAGCUUUAUACUAUUGACAAUUCUGGCAUUGUACCUGAGUUGGAUAUUGUUUGUUUAAUAAAUUGUAAUAAAAAAAUAAAUCCAUCGCAGAAAUUCACUCUAUUAGCAAAAUGUGCCAAUUGUCAGGAUAAUUUAAUUUGGGAUAAAACGUGGACUGUUUAUGAUAGUAAUUCUAAGGAAAUUGACAUCAGUCAGAAUAUAACAACAAGUCAUAAACUAGAACAUUUGGCAUUUAAAGAACAUUUUUUCGAAUCUGGUAAAGAAUAUUUAUUUAAAUCUGUAUGGAGAUCUGGAAAUAUCGUUGGUUUUAUAGAGAAGAAAUUUAUUGUUAAUUAUCCUCCAUAUAACGGAAAAUGCGUUAUUGAACCUAACCAAGGUAUUUCUUUAUUGACAAAAUUUCAAAUUAUUUGCUCUGAUUGGUCCGAUGAAGAUUUGAAUUUGAAAAGAAGCCCGUCCGAAGAUCUAUACUUUUAUCGACCAAUGACUUUUAGCAUCUAUUAUGAGACAAAUUCAGAAUGGAACCUAUUACAUUCGUCCGUUAAUUCGAAAACACCAGCCAUGCAUUUACCAGUCAAUCCUAAUUUAAAAAUUAAAGUUGAAAUAAUCGAUAUGAUUGGGGCAAAAGAAACUGUGUUUUUAACAGCUCAUGUUCAACCUUACACAGCUGGAGCGAAGGAAAUUCUAAAUAGUCUUCUAAAUCCAAAUGGAGAAAUGAAUAGACUAUUACAAUCUAACAAUCAUAAUGGAGCUUUGAGACUAGAAACAUCGGUUGCCUCCCUUCUAAACGCCAAAUUCUCUUGCUCUUCUUCCACAGAAUUUACUGUGGAAGAACAGCGACAAAUUCGACAUGAAUUAGUUAAAAUCUUCUCAAAAAUAAAUCCUUUACUUACAACCGAAUUAGACAUUCAGCAAGCCUCGUUUACCUUGGCAGCUAUUUUUGAAUCAAAGGAUAUCUAUUACUUGUUUGAAACAAAAGUGGAAGGAAUCAAAAUAUUACAGAAUAUAGCCAGUAAAUUCUUUCUUUUGACCGAAUCGCCUGAUGCUGUUUUCAGUACAUCAACAGCAAUAAUGAAGACUUUAACAAGUAUUAUAGCAAAAAGUCAACCUUCGACUCCUCCAACAUUAAAAAUUCCUGAUUUACCCCCGGAACAGAGGGAGGAAUAUCUUGAAAAUAUUACCAAAUCGCAAGAGGAUAUUGAUAAAAUUGACAAGUCUUUAGCUAAAGAAGUUAUAACGAGAGCUGAAUCAAUCAGUGAUUCUAUAACAAGAAAAUUGAUGCAAUUUCAAGUAACAGGUGAGGAGCCUGUAACGUUGGGUGAUGAAAAUUGGCUGCUCAAAGUGCAAAAACUAGAAAAAACUAGCAUAUUCAACAAUAAAUAUGAAUAUAAUAAAAAAAAGAACACAAUAUCUUUUCCAUCCCUUUCUUCCGAACUAUUAAAAUCAUAUCAAGGAAAAGAAAUAGCUAUACAGCUUUUUGAUAACUUUUUCCGACCGAUUCAUAUCAGUAAUCUUAAAGAAGAUAUUAAACUUGAACUCAAAAUGGACAAUCGUAAAACUCAAUAUCUAAAUGUUUUCAUUCCCGAUCUAUCCGAGAGGAAAUCUUCCAUGAUCAUUCACAAUAUAACAUACGAUUGGCCUACUUCUGCCAUAUUUAUGAAAUUAAAGAUGAAAAAAAGAGAAAAAUUUCGAAUUUACGUUCGUUUGAAUGAGAAUCCAACUGAGAAUGAACAAUAUCUUGUAUACUCUACUGCAUCGGCAGUAAAUUAUUUUGAACGAAUCAUUCCAGUUUCUCAAAAUGGAACUGUAUACAUUGGAAUGAAACUCGAGUCGGAUUUAAUUCACUAUUCAGUAUUUAUGGAGAAAAUUUCCUGUCUGUUUUGGGCUGAAAGUGAAAAUUUAUGGCAAAAGGAUAACUGCUCUGUGGCCGAUGUUCAAAAGAAGGAUGUCAUCACUUGCCAAUGCAACCAUCUCACUUUCUUCGGAUCGAAUGUUCUCGUCGCUCCGAAUCCUAUAGAUUUUAGUUCGGCAUUCGGAAAAUUGAAACGAAUUGGCGACAAUAUAGCCGUCUUGGUUUUGAUUAUUUGUAUGCUGGUACUCUUCUGGUGUUCUCUACUAAUUUUGAGAAGAGCUGAUAAAAAAGAUGAAGAAAUGUGGAAAAUGAGAAGUCUUUUGGAUAAUUCUGCACUAGAUCGUCACCAUUACGCUCUAAUUGUUAGAACGGGAUAUGGCCGAAAUGCAGGAACGGAUAGUCAGAUAAAAUUCAUGAUUGAAGGAGAAGAGUCGUCGUCAAAUAUACGAACUUUAUAUGAUGGAUAUCGAGAUGAGCUAAAGAGAUCGAGUAUAUCUCAUUAUCAUAUGACGACGCAAAAGAGUUUGGGAGAACCAAAGAACCUUCGAAUUUGGAUAAAUCCGACAAUUAAAACUAAAUCACCGUCUUGGUUUUUAGAAGAAAUUAUCUUAGUAGAUGUCUCUACAAUGAAAAAAUAUUACUUCUAUGCCCAUUCGUUGCUAUCAAAACUCUCUCCUUCUGCUCACGUUAACGUAUCGGAAAAUAAAGAUAUUACUUCUUUUAAAAGAUUAUGGCCAAUGUGGUUAAGGAAUAAGUUUACUGACGAUCACUUAUGGUUAAGUGUAGUGUCCAGACCUACUCGAAGCCAUUUCACUCGAGUGCAAAGAGCUGGAUGCUGCUUAUGUAUGAUUGCAGCAUCCAUGAUUGCUUCAGCAAUGUUCUAUCAAGCAGGAAAUGCCGAAAGUGAUCUGACAUAUAAGCUAGGACCAUUAAUAUUUUCCGUACAACAAUUGUGGAUUGAAUGGGGUAAAACAAAAUCAGAGCAAUGGCUCACAUCCAUGCUUAUCAGCUUCACUCAAUCAGUAAUAGUUAUCCAACCUUUUAAGGUCAUUGUGAUAGCUCUUAUUCUAUCGAUCUUAUUCAAAAAAUCUGACUUUGAUCUUGAUGAUGAAGAGUUUUUACAACAUGUCGAAACAGUGAAUAAAGCAACAAAGAUUUGCCAGUAUUUUCUGCGAAUAAGAGUGGAGAGUUCAAUUGAAAAUAUUCCAAAACCUAAUCUCAAUGAUAUGGUUAAAAGUCAUCUGGAAAACGUUAAAAAUUCUAAAACAGAAAAAGUGUUAUUAAGAAUUGUAACAACAUGUAUUUAUAUCAUAUUAGUAUUGGUAAUUGGUUAUAAACAAGUUCCCUUGAAGAGCUAUCAUGCUGCUCAAACUAUUCGAAAUGGCUUUAUAAAUCAUCUUGAUAAAGUUACUGAAUUACAUGACUUAUACAACUGGACAGCAACUUAUUUUAACCCAUCAAUGUUUGAUACGGAAUAUUACAAUGGCGAAAAACUUCAUUGGAAGGAACAAAAGAUUAGAGCAUUCGAACAAAGUUGGAUUAGAGUUGGUUCAAUUCGUUGGCGACAAAUUAGAGUUGUCUCACAGUCUUGUAAACAACUACAAGAUGUUAUUAAAGACUGUUCCUAUGAUCUUUCCUCCAAUAAUAUCGAUAAGAAAAAUUAUAACAAAUCAUUCUCAAGUCACAGCCCUGAUACUGUUAAAAACGAAUGGUCCUACCAGAAUCCGUUAUCUUAUCCUAUUGUUGCACAACGACAUAUAUAUCCGACUGGGGGCUAUAUAUUUGAACAUUCAACACCGAUUCUACCGCCUAAAGACUGGUUAGAUGCCAAAACGAGAGCUAUUAUAAUAGAAUCAACUCUAUAUAACGCUGAUUCCAAUUUGUUUAUCAGUUUAACAAUUGUUGUUGAACAGGGAAUGGACGUUGCAAUUACGAAAUGGAAUCGAAUUGCAGUGAUAGAUUUAUAUCCGUAUCAUUCAAACUACGGAAUUACUGUUUUGGUUUGUCAGAUCUUAUUUAUAUUUUUCGUUUUCUACGAAUUCUACAAAGUAGUUAAACAUAUGCGGAAAGAACGACUUGCAUAUUUCAAGAGUUUAUGGAACAAAGUUUCAUUCAUAAAUGUGAUUUUGUCUCUAUGUACCAUUGGACUGUUUUUAGCUAAAACUGUUUUACGCAACAAAGUGAAAAUAGGUCUUAAAGAUAAUGCUAAAUCUUGGUUCUGGGCUCUUGAUAAUGAUCCUGCAUUCGACAGUUUAUAUAUUGCUUCAACAACUGGUUUAUCUUAUUUAAAUGGAGUUAAAGAAAAAUGCCUUGAAGUGACCCCCUCUUCUGAUGUGAUAGUGGCUAAUUGGGCAGAGGCAACAGAGUGCCCAAAAAGUCCCAUUAAUUGUCAAUAUGGUAUAUCUAUUUCGGUAUGGCUGAACAUUCAAACAAGUUCCACUGCAGCAGUUGAAUUAAUAUCUACAAUCGAGUCAGAUUCUAGAGGCAUUGAAAUGAGAUAUUACGGAAGCAACAGUACCUUAUAUGUGCACUUGAAUACAGGAGAAAGAAAAUAUUAUGGAAUAAUGACAACGUUAUCAUCAUGCUUACAUAAUUGGUGCCAUAUUGCUGUAUCGUAUAAUAUAAAAUCUCAAGGAAUAAUUGUUUGGCUUGAUAAAGAAGUUGUUUCUUUUUCAAGUAAUUACGUGAAUGAAACCAUUACAAGCCCUGGUUCAGCAUUAAAAAUCGUAAAAUAUCUUGAUAGUGGAUCCAUUCUUGUUGAUGAAUUAAGAAUAGGUGACCGGGUUUACAGUACCUACAAUGUUGAGAAAAUUUACGACGAACUCUCUAAAACCCAUACUGAUAAAUUUUUCUUCAAUUUUGAUGAAAUAAACGAAAACAGCAUAUUUUCUGGCUCUAAACCUAUAAAACUAUCUAAUCCACAAAAAUUGUCAAUAUUUGCUGGAAGGAAAGACGGUGGUUUAUUAUUAAAUGGCACUUCUUUUAGUUUGGGUUCAUAUCCAACAUGUUUAAAUCAAAAUGCUGCUGGAGCUCAUUGGUGUCCCAAUGGUUUCACACUAGAUUUCUGGUUGAAGCUUGUUGAAUUUAAUGCUUCAGAAAGAGUGUAUAAAACUAUUAAAAUUUCUGAGAGUGACAGUUCUGUAAGUGAUCAGUUUGAAUUUUUGGCCACCGAAGGUUCCAUUGGAAAUCUUCCUUCACCGUAUUCAGUCAAUUUCUCAGCUCCCUUAAUCCUUGGAAGUAACUCGCCUUCGAUAGCCCUUGGGAUUGAUGAACUUUACUUUCUUUCCUAUAAAUUGGACAUUUAUCAAGCUAUACACAAAAUAGAAACUGUAUCAAGUUGGCAAAUGGGCCUUCCGGGUGCCAAGUAUUUUAAUGUAAGUGACAUAAGCGAACCAUUGCCUCUACAGAGUAAAGCAAGUGGACCUGCGGUUACCAUUCUAAAAGAUAUAGCAAAUGCACACAUAUUUGAUGGGAGAUACUAUUUAGAAGAAAAUGUACCCCCGCAUAAAUGCCUGAAAGAUAUAGAGGAAUGCAUAUCAGGAAUAACUAUUCAAUUAUGGCUGUACAUAGCAGGAGUACCGAAUGAUUCUCAGGAAGGAUAUAUCUUUGAUAAUGGUGGUAAUCAUCCCAAUUAUUAUGGGCAAUCGAUUUUUGUUAGAAAUGGAAAAUUGGUCAUUUCAAUCGCCACUUUUACAUGUUUAUAUGAAUAUGAAGGAUAUUUUCCAAACAGUCAAUGGUUUUACCUUCACUAUUUGUAUAAACCUUUUGCAGGCUUAACCGUUUUUAUAAAUUCUGAAGAAGUUGGAACAAUAACUGAAUGUAAAGGUCGAUUGCUUGAAAAUCGUUAUAAAAUGCCUAAAUAUUAUGUAGGAUGCGAUUUCGAUCAAAACAAAUGCUUUAAAACAUUUAUGAUAUUCAAUUUUAUAAUCUCUAAUCAGUAUAAAAAAAUUUUAUCACUUCAAUUAUAUGAAGGAAUAGAGACGAAGAAUCUAUUUGCUUCAGGAACAUCUAGUUUCGAAUCUGUUGUAAAUGGCUAUACAGUUGGUGACAGGGGAAAGUGGGGAUUAAGUCUAUCUAAAGACCUUAGAGUUUAUUUUAAAUUGGAAGAAGGUGCCAGCUUAGAAUUCGGAUCACUGUACUUUAGGAAUCACAUUAAUUAUGAAACUGGCUAUGCAAUCUCUCAAAAGUUUUUUAAAAAUUGUCUGACCAGUCCAAGAUAUUGUUUAGGGAUGAAUUUUUUAUGGACAUUCUGGCUUAAAAUAUCGUCAACUGCAGGAACCCAUUUUUGGGUUGGUGAUAUGCAGCAAACACAUAUAGAAGUUUCAAACGUGAAUGAUAAUAUGACAAUAACAAUUAAUGGUCAAAAUAAAACGUGCGCUUCAUGGACAAUAAUAAAAAUGCAUAGUUGGCAAUUUAUCCAACUUCGAUAUAAUGUCUCAAAUCAUGCAGGGCUCAUUAUAAGAGCUAGAUUUUAUUUACAUAAUACAGAGCUAAAUUAUACUUGUUGGAAAACCUCAGAUUUUAUUGAAAGCUCAGCUACUGACGGAUAUAUAGUUGUUGGAGGAAGAUUGACUGGAGCUCCAUUUACUAUAUCAAAUAGAGGAAAAGGAGAAUUUGACGAUUUAUACUAUUUAAUGACUUCAACGAAGCACUAUAGAAUAAUUGAUGAUAUAGGAUUAUACGAUUUUUAUGAUAUGAAAACAUGCUCGGAAUACGAGAAUUCUGCUUAUUUUGAUGACGAUUAUCCAUUAAGAGUAGAUUCCUAUAUGAUGCGUUGUAAAUUUACAAAUUCAUCUAAAAAGUCAACUUAUAAGCAUAUACCUAUGAAGGAUGAAGGCACUUGGUUUACUUCUGGGAGUAAAGAAUUUUCCUUGGCCGAUAGUUUGGCUUAUGAUCAGGAAAUACUUACUAACAUAUCGAGUAGAUCGUCUUCAUGCCGUCAAAAGUUUACAUUCAAGUGUGAAAAUAAGUAUAAACUUUUUGGAGGUGGAUCUGUUACGGAAUUCGGAGGACUUUUCAGUGUAAAAACAAAAACAUUCCCUGGAGCUGAUGUUGCAAUGACUUGUCCGUGCAAAAAUGACAAUAGUUGUAAUGAUACUGAAACUUGUAAUUGCAAUGGUAUUAGCGAUUCAAGUAUUGAUGAAGGCUACAUAUCAUACGAAGGGGAGAGAUUUUUGACUUAUAAUUCUGGAAUGUUUCUACCAAUUGCUACGGUUCUAAUAAGUGAACCAACUAGUAGUGGAAAUUUUCAAUGGAAUAUUGACGGUGUCGAAUGUCUUGAACAUGAAAGAAUUGGAAUUUUGUUUAGUUUUGACGAACUAGAUAUCGGCAAAUUUCCUUCUGAUGGACAAUAUAAAGCUUCUUACAGUACUUCAAAGCUAAUCCCAUUUGCCGAUGGAGAGCGAAAAGCAGCAAAACUCAUAGAUUAUCAUAGUUUUCAAUUGUACACAAAUAAGCAUCACUUAACAAGAUGCUUUGCAAAUAUUUUGGAGUGUGAACUGGGCCUAUCUGUAUCAUUCUGGUUUCGUCCUUCAUCAAAUACAAAUUAUGCUCUAUUGCUGAUGUCAAAUACAACAGAGGUUGGCUAUUACGUUGUUUACGAUCAAUAUAAAUUGACUGUAGAAGUAGUUACUAAGGACACAGUUUGGAGAACAACAAGCGAGACAUUUGUAAUACGUAAUUGGCUUAAUGUUAUGUUCACAUGGCAUUCAGUAAAAGGGUUGUCUCUUUAUAUUAAUAAUAUUGAUGUUGUAAAGUAUAAUGGCACACAACUUGUACUUACUCAAAAUCCCUUGUCAAUUCAUGGUAGACCUUCCUUCUGUGAUGUAAAUCAUUGUUUAGUAGUCGGAAGACAGUAUGAUGGAACUUUUUUAGCAAUAGAUGAUCUAUAUAUAUCGGAAAAUUAUGUUUUUGAUGAAACUGAUAGAUCAAUAAUAUUUCAAUCUAUCAGAGAAUCCUAUGAAGAUCUGGAUAGUCUAGGUGAUCUGUCUGAUGAAAGAGGCUGGUGGUGGACACAACAAUCUUCAAAUAUUAUAAAAGGAGUCAAUGGAAAUGGAUUAAGUUUGGGACGUUUAGAUACAUAUGUGACAUACUCUUGCCCGGCUAGCUUAUCCUUAUGUCCUGAUGGGUUUAGUAUUGCUUUCUGGUAUAAAUUACCAUAUUCCUUUUCUGAAAUGUCAAUCUUAAGCUUUGGACAAGCUCUAUCAAUUGAACUAAAGAGUUUUGGAAAUAUAUCAAUUUCAAGUGUUUACCUCCCAAAUCCUCUUAGUUUGGCAACCUCUAUAGGAAUUUGGACUCAUUUAAGUGUAUCCAUGACUUCUGAUCUAAUAAAUGUGACCUAUAAUGGAGGUCAGUUACUAUUAAAGCCUCUUACCUCAUGUACUAAUGAACAAGCAAAUGUUGCUUGGGAGUUUGCUGGAGAUGAUUUGUAUAUUGAUGAGAUAUAUUUAUAUAGAUACAUGAUGAAUUCAACUAUGGUUAAUGGUAUGGUAAGUGUUUUAGAGAAAGAAUAUGUAUAUUCAUUUGAUGAGCAUAUUGAUGAUACCUUUUGGAAUGAUACACUUACAAGAGAAACUGGAAUAAAAAAUACAUCGGUAUUAAUAGAAAAAGCCAUAGAAACAAGUUACUAUUUGUCAAAAGAAUGUAUAUCGGCUAUUGAUUGGUGUGAGUUAGGUCUUAGAAUAACUUUUUGGUUAAAGUUGAAUGCUAAGAAAUCUGAUCCGAGAAUUAAUAUUUUGAACAUUCAAACAUCAAUUAUUUUAGAUUACAUACCAGAAAAUGAGACUCUAGUUGGAAAAUGCAUUAAUAAACAAGAAAUUUCAUAUUUUGAAGCAGAUCUAAGAAGAAUAUCAUGGAAUUUUAUUCUAAUAUAUUGUCAAAAAUUCGCCUCCAUAUAUCCUCUUUCGGUUUACAUAAACAGUAUAAAGCAAUCAGUUGCUAUUCAGAAAAGUUUAACAACAGUUGAUACUCAGCAAAUAUCCCAAAUCAAACUAGGAGAUAACGCAAACGCUGGCGUUUCCAUCGAUGAACUAUCGUUUAUUGAUCACGUAACGUCGGACAGUUUUGUUAAAGAUCAAUACACAAGUUACAUAAGAUAUAAAAAUCGUUUAAUUUUAAAUUUUCAACAAGAUAAAGGAACAUUAAACAACAAUGAAAUUGACUAUGAAUGUGUAAAUGUAACCUAUGAAAGCGGGAAAAUUAGUAAUCGCUUUGCGAAACUAUCAAAUGGUAGCAUAGCAAUUGACAUGCCAGAAGAAAGCUGCUUUACAGAUUUAACAAAAUGUGUUGGUUUUGCAUUUAGUGCUUAUAUGUAUUUUCCUGAUGAAGGUGAAAAAACAAUCUUCAAUUCGUCAUGGCUGAGUAUUCGUUGUGGUGCAUACAAUUCCAGUUUACCACUACGAAGAUAUUGUAAAAUAAAGCUUAAUGGAACUAAAUCUGAUGUUCAUGUGCCACCCAGUGAGAUUCUAACCUUUGGUGACGAAAUAUCCUCAUUCAGCAUAGACGAAUUUAUUUUUACUGAUGGAUGGACAACUCCAAACGAAUUGUUCUUUAAUUUGGGCUACUACUACCUGGGUUGCGUAGACAAUAUUGAUUCCAAUUGGACUUAUAUCGGAAAAGCCAAUCAUGAUACACAUUGCAGAGAAAAAUGCGGUUUUGAAAAUACUCACUCUGCCUACUACUUUGCCAAUUUGACCUGCUUUUGUCUAAAUUCCUCUUUGCCUGAGAUGCAAAACUGUACGAGUAGUUAUCCUUAUAAGAUUUACAGUCAAACUGCUGUAAAACCUUUACUAAAUCCUCUUCCAAUAACUGAAUUUAAUGUGACAAUAGAAGAUCAUUAUUCAUUUUUAAAUCGAGAUAUAAAAUUAAUCAAUGUAAAUCAGACGUUUAAGAUAUUCUUAUCAGUGAAAAACGAAACUUAUGCCAUGUUUAGAGUUAAUUUUACGAAUUUCCCAGUGUUUUUCACAGAAGAAACAAUUUUAUAUCAUCAAUUUGAACAUAUUGGUUUCUAUGAAAUAGAAAUAAUUGGAAGAAAUGAGAAAAAUGAUUUUAUAAAAAAUGUAACAAUUCAAGUUAUUAAACUUACAGAAGUUGUAUCAAAUUUGAAACUUAUAGCACCAAAGAUUCUUUCAAUAAAUAGCUACGCAAAUAUUUCAAUUGUGGCUGAUUCUGGAACCGACGCUAAUUGCACCUUGUUUAAAAAUAACUUACCAAUAAAUACUACUUUCAUUAGCAAUUUAACAAUACCAUUUACCAUACCCAAUUUUUUCGAUAGUAAAGGAUUAAUUAAUUUAACAGUAUCAUGCCAAAAUAUCUUGAAUGAAAACAGAUCAGAAUGGAAUAUAACUGUUCAAGAUCCUAUUUACGGUUUGAAUAUAUCCAAAUUUUAUCUUUUCGAAAGAGAUAACUUAAAAAAUAUUUCAUGGACUCUUGAUCAUGGAUAUGAUGUUACUUUUGAGGUAUUUAACGAUACAUCUCUGGGAAAAACCAGAGAUUAUUUCUUUAUCCUUCCUGAUAACUUUACAACUAUUGGAAUACAUGACCUUACUAUCACUGCAAAGAAUAACAUAUCAGAAUUGACUGGUAAUACGACAGUUCAAAUUGAACGUCAAGUAUCAAAUCUUUCAAUCUCUUUUGAAAAGUUAUUUUAUAAAACAAACGAAACUUUCAACACAACUUUGGAAAUUUCUGGAUCAAAUUUGGAAUAUAGCAUUUAUCUUAAUGAAGGAACUGCUACAAAAAAUUUGACAGGAGAUCAUAUAAACUAUAGGGAAAACUAUGAGAUAAGUUACAGUAAACCUGGAAUAUACAGGCUAUACGGAAAUUCAUCUAAUAUAAUUGGAAACGUAUCAACAUACAGCAAUUUUAUAGAGAUCGAAAAUCCUAUUGAAACGAUAGAUAUUCUAGUUGGAAACUCUUCUCAUUAUCAGUCAGGAGUGAAUUUCAGCAUCGAAUCAAAUAAUUCUGCUACCAACGUCCAACUCUCAGUUCGGAUUAAAGAAGUCUCCGCCCUACAGUCAGUUUUAUGUGGAACAUACUUCUUCCAAAACUUUGAGAGGAUAUAUGGUCAUUGUUCAUCUAUACCGAAAGAUGGCCAUUAUUAUCUAACAGUUGAAGUAUCUAAUAAUGUUUCAUCCAUUAUAAAAGAAUCAACAUAUCGUGAAAUAGGAACAACUAUUGAUAACUUUCAAAUCUUUCGAGUCCAUCCGAAAGUAUUAAGUAUAGGUGAGAAAGUUACAGUGGAAAUAAAAAUUGAACAAGGAAGUAACUUACAAGCUGAAGUAACGUUUGGAGACACCAAACAGCAAAAAAUGAUAGCAGCUCUUGUAAACAACAGCAAAAUAUACACAUUCUCUUUCACUACAACACAAAUAGGAUUUUUCAAUACAAGUCUGAAUAUUUCCAAUGAGUUAGGCUCCAUAGAAGUGAAAUAUAAUGAUUCCAUUGAAGUUCAAGAAAAGAUAGACAGUUUUAUAGCUAUUGGAAACUUUUAUUUUAACUUUGAAGAUGAAAAAAUCUUUUGGUGGAAACUAUCUAAAGGAAAUCCAGUCAAUACAUCAUUUUUUAUAAAUGAUGUUAAAUAUUUAACUAUGAAAUACAAUUCUACGCAUUAUUACGCAAAUAUUACAAAUAUUGCUAAAGGUGUACAUCAAAUAAAUAUGGAACUUAGUAAUACUGUUAGUAAUACCACAUAUUAUUCAGCAAAUAUAACUGUAGAAGAAGAAAUUUUAGGUUUCAAUAUACAAGUUUUCAAAACUAUUCUAAAGAGUAACGAAACUACCAAUGUUCAACUGAAUAUUUCUAAGGGGACGAAUAUUAAUAUUCAUAUUUCUACCAAUGGCUCAAUUACUAUACCAAAUCAAUUUUUUGUCUCAAAUGGUAAAGAUUAUAUCUAUAAUUUUGGUAUCCUUGGAGAAUUCGAAGGAAUUUAUACUACAUCUGUAACAUGCUUCAAUACUCUUAGCAAUUUGACAUCGACAAUUUCUUUUCAAGUUUACCAGCCUAUUGUUGACUUGAAUCUUGAAAUUCUGGAUAUUUCAACAACAAUAAAACCUUUAAAUUUGCUUAUUAAAUUCUUAGAAACGGUAGCCGUUCCAAGUCAUUCAAAUUUUACAAUCUAUUUUGGUGAUGGGAAUCAAAGUAGUUCGUUAGCAUAUGUAAAUAAAUAUCAACGGCAGCUAUACUAUCUAUAUAAACAUGAUGGCUUCUAUACGCUAAUUGCUAAGGCGAGUAAUCCUGUGAGUGAAAUACAAAGAGAAAUACAAGUUAAAGUGGGAAUAUCAAUAUCUUCCCUAUUGUGUAGUACAAGUGAGCUUCUAUUGUCCAAUAAACAUAUUUAUACACUAGAAUAUAAAGUAAAUCAUGGAACAAAUGUUAGUCUGAGAAUUUCUUUUGGUGAUGGAAGAGAGAAAGUGUUACAGAAUGUUAUAUCCAAUCAAACGCAAAGUUUUCUUUAUAACUAUACCAAAACCGGAAAAUUUCAAAUUGACAUUUUGGCCCAAAAUUUCUUUUCAUCAAAAACGUGUCAAAUAACAAACAUCGAAGUUGAAGAACCAAUACAAAAUAUUCAAAUCUCCCCUGAAAAGCAUCUGAUACGUCUUAAAGAUCCAUAUGUGGUCAUCAGUUGGAUAAUUACUGAUGGAGUUCCUAUAACUUGCUCCAUGACUGACAUAAAAACAAAUGAAGCUACUAGAAUUGUAUAUGAACAGUCCUUGGAUUGUCCAAAAAUAGCGACUAAACUCCAAGUUCCAGUCCCAUUAACAAUUGACUCCCAUACCUAUCAUCUAACGGCUAAAAAUCAAAUAUCUACGAAGUCAAAAGCUAUCGAAGUAGUAGCUGUAAGGGAAAUUGGUAGCAUAUAUUUAGUAUUGACGGAGACUGUCUGGGAAACUGGGAAACCUUUCAAUAUAUCUUGCCUCGUAAGUGAGGGUUCCAACUAUAGAAUUGAUAUAAGAUCUAAUAUUGAAGGUCUGUUGAAUGCAUUCGCUGCCCCUGGGGACAGCCCAACUUCAAAAACAUUUUCACUUUCUUAUGUCUUUGAGAACGAAGGUUAUCGUAAUAUCACAAUGUCUGUAAAAAAUGAAUAUAGUACCAAAGUAAUAUGGAAGAGAAUUCAAUUAGUUAGGAAGUUACCUAAAGUUUUAAUUGAAGCAAAAAAUGUACCAUCUUACAAUGAUGAUGCUAUUUUUACUUUCUAUUUGAAUAAUUCAAAGGAAAAGAUAACAGAUGCUUCAGCUAGACUAGAAACAGGAGAUGGCAAAAUUUACAAUUUUGAUCAUGUUAACUUGAAUAAAACGCAUAAUUUUACGAUUAGUCAUAAAUACAAACUAGAAAAAUACUAUAACAUAAAGGGAGAAAUAAAAAAUUUAGUUGGUACUGAAGUACAAUCGUCAACUAUUAGAAUUGGAGAGUGUAUAGAAAAACUGGAAUUUUCUUCUAAAGCUACUAUAUAUUCACCAGAUGAGACAAUUAUUUUCAAAGUUAAAUGGGAGAAAGGUUCGAACGUUACUCUCUUAUUUAAUAUGAUAAAGAAAAAAGAGCCAGCCAUUAAACCACCGUACAAAGAAUACCAACUUUCAUACUUUUAUGAAAAACAAGGAUCAUAUAAUCUAAGUGUUACGGCAAGUAACAGUUUCUGUGAAGAUACCAAAUAUUUUCACGUAACAAUUCAAAAUCGCAUUGCCGGUUUGACCCUAAAAGUCAUUGGUUCCGCCGUUGUUGAUCAUGAAGCGAAACUGGAACUUCGUUAUACAUCUCUUGGUAUAGAACCAUGUUUGCUAUGGGACCUUGGAGACUCGACAACCCAAGCACUGUAUGGUCAUACAGGAUGUCUGAAAGAAUAUCAAAAUGUUGUUCUAAAGAGUUUUAGAUUUGAAAGAAAAAAAUUACAACAUUUUCAUACGUGGAAGAAACCAGGAACAUACGAGAUAUUCGUCUAUGCUUUUAAUAGCAGGUCUAAAUCUGUAGUUCGUCUUAAAGUCGAAGUUGUCCAAUGUCAAAAACCAGUUAUAGAUUUAGGCGAGAUGGGUGAGAAACAAGAUGAUCCAUUAAAUAUAUAUAAAUCAGAAGCAAGUUACUUUCAAGCUGAGUUUAAAAGUACCUGUGAAACUCUUCUACCAGUAACGGUUUUAUGGACAGUUUAUGAUGAAAGGGAGAACAUAAUUAGUAUGCCAAAUCGCAAAAAACCUUGGCUGAAGAUUCCACCGAGAACAUUGCAUUAUGGCAGCCAUAUAAUAAACUUUACAGUUACAAUUACAGAAUUUAAUGUAAAAGCAACAGCUAUAAAAUACAUAAAAAUAUUGCAAACUCCUCUAAAAGUUAAUAUUAUUGGUGGCACAGCAAGAUCAGUUAAUUUAAAUGAGAAUAUAUUAAUUGACGCUUCAAAUUCAGUUGAUGAAGAUGGUGGUGAUAUUGACGAAUUUAUAUUUAGCAUAAAAAGUUCAUCAUCUGCUGUAUGGUCGAUUUUAUCAAAUCAAAAAUUCUCUAAAAGAGAAAAAAGAGCAACAUGUGGUUUCGGAUGCCUUUCAACACUGGCACCAGGUAUUGGACACUACUCCUUAAGAGUACAAGCUAAACAGAACAAUCAGAUAGCUUCUUCAGAGCAAAAAAUUAUUAUAAUAGCUUUUUCAUCCUUCCAUCCAAAUCUUAAUAUUAUAUGUUUGAUUAACUGUGAAAGAAAGAUUAAUGCUUUAAAAAAGCUUAUGCUAAGAACAAUGUGUAGUAAUUGUCCAUCAAAUAUGAUAUGGCAAAGAGAAUGGUCAGUUUUAAUUGAAAACGAAAACGGCUCCUCCGUAGUAGACGUCAAAAAAUAUAUAACAACUGAAGCAAAUUUGGAAUAUUUAGGCUUAAAAGAAGGAAUAUUACAGCCUGGUAAAGUUUAUACCAUUCGAACUACAUGGAGGAGUGGUAACACUUAUGGAUUUACAGAGAAGGUAAUCAAUACUAACUUUCCUCCCUACUCUGGAACGUGUCGGGUAGAGCCAAAACAAGGUAUUUCUCUGGAAACAAGAUUUCAAGUUAUAUGCACAGGUUGGUCUGAUGAAGAUUUACAAUUGAAAAGAAGUCCAUCGGAUGAUGUAUAUUUUCUUCGGCCAAUGAUGUAUAAAAUUUAUUAUAAAGACCAUUUGGGAUGGAAUUUACUUCACUCUUCACCUAAUUCAAAAUCUCCUCUCAUGCAUUUACCGGUAAAUCCGAAAUUGCCUAUUAAAGUUGAAAUAUCGGAUACGAUAGGGUCCACAAAUGUUGUUCAUCUGGUUGCCUAUGUUCAAUCAUUCACAGCAGAGUUCAAAGAUAUUCUAAAUAUUCUUACUGACUUUAAAGGUGAAAUGAAUAGCAUGAUCACGAACAAAGAUUAUAGAGGUGCCUUAAGAAUACAAUCAGCCGUCAUGGCAUACCUUGAUGGGCAAUCUUCGUGUUAUUCAACUCCCUUCUCUCUCGAGCAGCAUCAGCAAAUACGAAGCUCAUUAAUCCAUUCUUUUACUGAUAUUAAUACUUUUCUUGAAAAUGAAAUAGAUAUUCAGCAAGGAUCUGCCACUUUAUCAAGAAUAUUAGGAUCAAACUCAGAUUAUUAUAUGGAUAAAGCAACGAGUGAGGCUGUGCAAAAUGUUUAUCGUCUAUCAUCUAAAUAUAGAAGUCUAUUGAACACUGACCAAGAAGUUAUGUAUUCAACUUCAGAAAGCUUAAUGGAAGCAGUGUCAAGUUUAAUUGACAUCAGCUAUCCAUCCCCAUCUCUAUCAACUGUUCCUCCAGAUUUGCCACCAGAAAGUCAAGAAAUGUAUAAAAGAAAUGUGACAAUAAAACAAAAUGAAAUUGACGUGAAAGAAAACGCAUUAACUAGAGUUGUCGUUCCUCUCAUUACGACAACAACAGACCUUAUUACUCAAAGUAUCUUAGAAAGCAGAGUAGAAGACGAAGAAGCAAUAACUAUUGGAGAUAAUAACUGGAAACUAACAGCUCAAAAGCUAAAAAAAGUUUCCUUAUAUAAUACUGGAAUUGAAAGUGGAGAGAAUAAAGUUAUUUUCCCAUCCUUAUCAUCUGAAUUGUUACAUAAAUAUACUGCUGUAUAUGUUAACCUACAAACAAUAUCGUCCAAAAAAAAUCCUAUAACCUGGGGAACUCAAUCGAAAAAUCUUAUUAACUCUCAUACCCUCUCUGUUAAGCUUUUUGAUAACUUUUUCCGACCGAUUCAUAUCAGUAAUCUUAAAGAAGAUAUUAAACUUGAACUCAAAAUGGACAAUCGUAAAACUCAAUAUCUAAAUGUUUUCAUUCCCGAUCUAUCCGAGAGGAAAUCUUCCAUGAUCAUUCACAAUAUAACAUACGAUUGGCCUACUUCUGCCAUAUUUAUGAAAUUAAAGAUGAAAAAAAGAGAAAAAUUUCGAAUUUACGUUCGUUUGAAUGAGAAUCCAACUGAGAAUGAACAAUAUCUUGUAUACUCUACUGCAUCGGCAGUAAAUUAUUUUGAACGAAUCAUUCCAGUUUCUCAAAAUGGAACUGUAUACAUUGGAAUGAAACUCGAGUCGGAUUUAAUUCACUAUUCAGUAUUUAUGGAGAAAAUUUCCUGUCUGUUUUGGGCUGAAAGUGAAAAUUUAUGGCAAAAGGAUAACUGCUCUGUGGCCGAUGUUCAAAAGAAGGAUGUUAUCACUUGCCAAUGCAACCAUCUCACUUUCUUCGGAUCGAAUGUUCUCGUCGCUCCGAAUCCUAUAGAUUUUAGUUCGGCAUUCGGAAAAUUGAAACGAAUUGGCGACAAUAUAGCCGUCUUGGUUUUGAUUAUUUGUAUGCUGGUACUCUUCUGGUGUUCUCUACUAAUUUUGAGAAGAGCUGAUAAAAAAGAUGAAGAAAUGUGGAAAAUGAGAAGUCUUUUGGAUAAUUCUGCACUAGAUCGUCACCAUUACGCUCUAAUUGUUAGAACGGGAUAUGGCCGAAAUGCAGGAACGGAUAGUCAGAUAAAAUUCAUGAUUGAAGGAGAAGAGUCGUCGUCAAAUAUACGAACUUUAUAUGAUGGAUAUCGAGAUGAGCUAAAGAGAUCGAGUAUAUCUCAUUAUCAUAUGACGACGCAAAAGAGUUUGGGAGAACCAAAGAGCAUUCGAAUUUGGAUAAAUCCAACAAUUAAAACUAAAUCACCGUCUUGGUUUUUGGAGGAAAUAAUUCUGGUUAAUCUAGAAGAUAUGAAAAAACACUAUUUUUAUGCAAAUUCAUCUUUGACCAAAUCCAUACCAUGUUUGGAUAUUCCAACAUCUGAAAGUAAUACAUUAAUCACUUUCAAAAGAUUAUGGCCAAUGUGGUUAAGGAACAAACUGACAGAUGAUCACUUAUGGUUGAGUGUUUUCUCAAGACCUACCCGAAGCUAUUUCACAAGAGUUCAAAGAGCUGGGUGUUGUCUCUCUCUAAUCGCUACUUCAAUGAUUGCAUCGGCAAUGUUCUAUCAAAGGGAAAAUGAGGAAACUGAUUUAGCAUAUAAGCUAGGACCACUUAUAUUCUCCGUGCAGCAGCUAUGGAUUGGCACAGUUUCAGCUGUUGUAGUACUACCAGUGAAUUUCUUAAUUAUGACUCUGUUUAAGAAAACUAGAAGAGAGAGUAUAUCGAGAACUAAGUCUUUUACUUUACCUCCUGUCUUCCUUUAUGUAUCGUGGGCACUAGUCAUCAUUGUAUCUAUUUCAUCUUUCUUUUUUGUAUUACUAUACUCAUUGGAAUGGGGAAAGACAAAAUCCGAGCAAUGGCUAACAUCAAUGUUCAUAAGUUUUGGACAAUCUGUAUUACUAAUCCAACCUUUCAAGGUUAUCAUUUUAGCUCUAAUUCUUUCUAUUUUGUUAAAAAAGUCCGAUUUUGAAAAUGACGAUGAAAAUUUUCUAAAACAUGUAGAAGUAGUUAAUAGAGCAACAGAAAUAUGUCAAUAUUAUUUAAGGAUACGAGCUCAAAGCACAAUGGAAAGUAUUCCGAAACCAAAUCUAGAAGAAUUAAUUAAAGGACAUAUGGAAAGAAUACGGAAUGCAAAAACAGAAAGACUACUUUUUAGAAUUAUUCUCACUUCGGUGUAUGUUAUUUUGUUAAUGGUAAUCGGUUAUAAACAAGUACCUUUGAAUAGCCAUCGUGCUGCUCAAACUAUUCGAAAUGGAAUAAUACGUCAAAUGAUAAAUAUAACCAAUCUUGAAAAGUUGUACAUAUGGGGAGAUCGUUAUUUUAACCCAUCAUUGUUUGAUACGGAAUAUUACAAUGGCGAAAAACUUCAUUGGAAGGAACAAAAGAUUAGAGCAUUCGAACAAAGUUGGAUUAGAGUUGGUUCAAUUCGUUGGCGACAAAUUAGAGUUGUCUCACAGUCUUGUAAACAACUACAAGAUGUUAUUAAAGACUGUUCCUAUGAUCUUUCCUCCAAUAAUAUCGAUAAGAAAAAUUAUAACAAAUCAUUCUCAAGUCACAGCCCUGAUACUGUUAAAAACGAAUGGUCCUACCAGAAUCCGUUAUCUUAUCCUAUUGUUGCACAACGACAUAUAUAUCCGACUGGGGGCUAUAUAUUUGAACAUUCAACACCGAUUCUACCGCCUAAAGACUGGUUAGAUGCCAAAACGAGAGCUAUUAUAAUAGAAUCAACUCUAUUUAAUGCUGAUUCCAAUUUAUUUAUCAGUUUAACAAUUGUUGUUGAACAGGGAAUGGACGUUGCAAUUACGAAAUGGAAUCGAAUUGCAGUGAUAGAUUUAUAUCCGUAUCAUUCAACCUACGGUAUUGUUGUUUUGGUUUGUCAGAUCUUAUUUGUAUUUUUCGUUUUCUAUGAAUUCUACAAGGCAAUUAAACUGCUUCGAAAAGAACGACUAUCAUAUUUCAAGAGUUUAUGGAACAAAGUAUCAUUCAUAAAUCUGAUAUUAUCACUUUCUGCAAUAGGAUUGUUUCUUGUAAAACUAUAUUUACGAAAUGAGGUAAAAUAUGCCAUAAAAGAUGGAUUUGUUGAUAUGCAACAUCUAAUUGUGGUUGACGAAGCCUAUACAUACAUGAUAGCAUUUAUAACUGGCAUAUCGUGUUUGAAAAUGUUAUACGUGUUGCAAUAUGAUCAUUCCGUGAUGUUAUUAUGGAAUACGAUGGUCCUAUCAGCGAGUUCCUUGAAAUCUCUAUCUCUGGUUUUCCUGAUACUUUUGUUUGCUCAUGCUCACUUUGGAUACUUGAUGUACGUGACAAUUGUGUCAUCGUUUUCAACAGUCUCGUCUUCUAUUUAUACUUUAUGUAUUGCUUCUUUAAAUUCUCCUAUAAUGCGAGAAUUAGAUAAAGACAGAGCGCCAUACAGGCAUUUUUUCUAUUCAAGCUUCGUUAUCUUCAUAAUAAUAUGUUGCUUGAAUAUGCUGAUGAGUAUUUUGAAUGAGGCAAGAAGUAGAGCAAAAGAAUUGAAUUAUAAGAAUGAGAUAUAUGUACAUGAGUAUCUACAAAAGAAACUAUCUGCUCUUCAGGCAAACUUGAAAGAGCUAGUUGGAUUUAAAGAUUCAAAUGAUUCUGAAAGAAAGCUACAAUGA